AUGUCCAAACUCCCAGACUCCAUAGACGUUGGGGAUUUCUCCAUGGACAACAUGACAGGUACAGUACAUGCUUCCGUGUUACACACACGCAAACACACAGUUUCCCAUAGGUGCUCCUCUAGGGUACCGCUACCUAGGUUACCUACCCUUGGGUAUUGUGACUUCUUUAAACAAGUGUUGUAUCUCUAGAGAGGUCGAGAGAGAGAGAAAGAUGGAUGAGACCCAGCUUAUUCUAAGUAUCCUAGCCCUAAAUGGUUUCACCAUCCGCUUGAUUUUGUAUGGAGUUGCAGAGCAACUGCUUUGCACAAUCAAUUGAUUUACUUACUCCAGGUCUGAAUCUGUGAUUUUUUUAUUUUAUUAUUAAUAUUAUUAUUAUUAUUAUUGUUUUUGCCAGCUGAUCCAGGGACACACCUUUUUAGCAGCGCUUUCUGUCUGGCUCAGCUGUGCUAAUCCCCUAGGUAACCAGACACCUGAGACAAUUAUAGCGUCUCUUUGCAGCCUGUAGCUGACAUGCCACCGUGACUGCAGACUGGGCUCUCCUCUGGGACGGCUGGACGGAGGGGCAGCAGCCCAACUGUACAUGAACAUGAGAUUGAACAUGACCGCUGGUCAUUUUUGAAAAGCAAAAUAAACUGUAAAACUGAAGAGUGAUAGUUCCCAUGUUAAGCAAUGGGGCAGUGAACAGGUUUUUAGUGUAGUGUAAAAAUGUGCUGUUAAUUUAUUUAGUGUUAUAUGAGCAGUGGUGGAGUCAGUCGGUCUGUGGUUGACUUGGCUCACUGACCUCAGGAGAGCUAAACUGGGCAGCUUUCCAAGAUAAAACUCAGUCUCUUUCACCGCUAAUCUCUCUGUGUACGCGUGAGGGUGUUUAUCAUCACUAUGAUUUACCCUGGUGUUUUUCAGAAUAAAGCUUGGUACUGUAACAAAGGGUUUAAGAUUAACCAUGUCAUUACCAUAGAAAUAAGAAUGAAUAGAAUGGGCUUGGAAGCUCUAACCCUGGCAAUUGACUGGCAAAUUCAUGUGGACACUCGCAAUGGCUGCCUGGUAUUGCAAGGCAAGCAACUUUGAAGCAUGUAUGAGAGCAUCAGCUGUUCCGGAUGACUAUGUGAUCACGCUCUCCGUAGCCGAUGUGAGUAAGACUUUUAAGCAGGUCAACAUUCACAAGGCCGCAGGGCCAGACGGAUUACCAGAAAGUGUACUCCGAGCAUGCACUGACCAACUGGCAAGUGUCUUCACUGACAUUUUCAACAAGUCCCCUGUAGCUCAGUUGGUACAGCAUGGCGCUUGCAACGCCAGGGUUGUGGGUUCGUUUCCCAUGGGGGGCCAGUAUGAAAAUGUAUGCACUCACUAACUGUAAGUCGCUCUGGAUAAGAGCGUCUGCUAAAUGACUUAAAUGUAAUGUAAAAUGUCCCUGACUGAGUCUGUAAUACCAACAUGUUUCAAGCAGACCACCAUAGUCCCUGUGCCCAAGAACACUAAGAUAACCUGCCUAAAUGACUACCGAGCCGUAGCACUCACGUCUGUAGCCAUGAAGUGCUUUGAAAGGCUGGUCAUGACUCACAUCAACACCAUUAUCCCAGAAACCCUAGACCCACUCCAAUUUGCAUACCGCCCCAACAGAUCCACAGAUGAUCCACAGUAUGAAAAUGUAUGCACUCACUAACUGUAAGUUGCUCUGGGUAAGAGCGUCUGCUAAAAUGACUAAAAUGUAAAUUAUGCAAUCUCUAUUGCACUCCACACUGCCCUUUCCCACCUGGACAAAAGGAACACCUACGUGAGAAUGCUAUUCAUUGACUACAGCUCAGCGUUCAACACCAUAGUGCGCUCAAAGCUCAUCACUAAGCUAAUGACCCUGGGACUAAACACCUCCCUCUGCAACUGGAUCCUGGACUUCCUGACGGGCCGCCCCCAGGUGGUAAGGGUAGGUAACAACACAUCUGCCACGCUGAUCCUCAACACGGGGGCCCCUCGGGGGUGCGUGCUCAGUCCCCUCUUGUACUCCAUGUUCACCCAUGACUGCAUGGCCAGGCACGACUCCAACACCAUCAUUAAGUUUGCAGACGACACAGCAGUGGUAGGCCUGAUCACCGACAACGAUGAGACAGCCUAUAGGGAGGAGGUCAGAGACCUGGCCGUGUGGUGCCAGGAUAACAACCUCUCCCUCAAAGUGAUCAAGACAAAGGAGAUGAUUGUGGACUACAGGGGAAAAAAGAGGACUGAGCACGCCCCCAUUCUCAUCGAUGGGGCUGUAGUGGACCAGGUUGAGAGCUUCAAGUUCCUUGGUGUCCACAUCACCAACAAACUAUCAUGGUCCAAACACACCAAUACAGUCGUGAAGAGGGCACGACAAAGCCUAUUCCCCCUCAGGAGACUGAAAACAUUUGGCAUGCUUCUACAGCUGCACCAUCGAGAGCAUCCUGACUGGUUGCAUCACCGCCUGGUAUGGCAACUGCUCGGCCUCCGACCGCAAGGCACUACAGAGGGUAGUGCGUAAGGCCCAGUACAUCACUGGGGCCAAGCUUCCUGCCAUCCAGGACCUCUAUACCAGGUGGUGUCAGAGGAAGGCCCUAAAAAUUGUCAAAGACUCCAGCCACCCUAGUCAUAGACUGUUCUCUCUGCUACCGCACGGCAAGUGGUACUGGAGCGCCAAGUCUAGGUCCAAAAGGCUUCUUAACAGCUUCUACCCCCAAGCCAUAAGACUCCUGAACAGCUAAUCAUGGCUACCCGGACUAUUUGCUAUGCCCCUCUUUUACUCUGCUGCUACUCUCUGUUUAUUACCUAAGCAUAGUCACUUUAACUCUACCCACAUGUACAAAUUACCUCGACUAACCGGUGCCCCCGCACAUUGACUUUGUACCGGUACCCCCUGUAUAUAGCCUUCCUACUGUUAUUUUAUUUUACUGCUGCUCUUUUAUUUUUGACUUGUCUAUUUUUACUUAACACUUUUAUUUUAUUUUCUUAACUGCAUUGUUGGUUAAGGGCUUGUAAGUAAGCAUUUCACUGUAAGGUCAACACCUGUUGUAUUCAGUGCAUGUGACAAAUACAAUUUGAUUUGACAAUUUUGGAAUGUUCUAUCAACUGAUACUGGAUUGCCAUGUUAAUGUAGAAUAUUAAUUCAAAUGAUGCUAACUGAUGUCGCUCAUGCAAUGGAAUGUAUUUUUUGUAAUGUCAGUUGAGUUGAUUCAACAAAUUACAGCACAGGGUACACUUCCUGCUUUUACUUCCUGGCAUGGGUACACUCAAAAUGGCUGCCAGUCCACCCAUUAUGCCAUCGUUGACUUGAAUGGAGACAGCCUUUCUAUUUAUUUUUAUUUCAUUACAGUAUGUGAACUGAACUAAUGUCAAUUUUCCCUCUUGUUCUUCUACAGCCCCUACGUUCCCAGAUAAGAUGUCCCCCGUCAAGGCCGCUCUCACCCUAAAAGACUACGAGAACGUGAGUGAUUUUCAUCACUCCAAUCCCUAUUAUGGAGAUGUUUUCUGCCUUACCUGACAAGGUCUCCAACCAUUGUGGAUUCAAUUUUCAAGAGGGCUGUUCAUGUGUCAGGAUCCUCUGAGACUCUAACCAGCAUUGUCUGUCUCAAACUAGUUAUUUAUCCAAAUAUGUUACAUUUAAAAUCGUCAUAAUUUCAUGGUAAACCAUUGAAUGGAAAUAGACCACUGCAGCAUGCAUGUAGGCUAAGCACUAUGGAGCCAAGCCUUAUCCCAGUAUCAGCGACAGACACGUCGGAUAUUAUGAUUUUUAAUAAGCCUGAUCCAGUGUCUAGCCAAACCAAGGAGAACAGGACAACCACUUAGCCGUUUUCCAAGCAUGGGGGGAGAGAGCCUACAGUAGGGGACGCCUGCUGCAAUUCAGUGGUUUACUCAGAUUUCUAUUUUCUCCCUGUGCUGGAUGAUUAGAGGUUGGUAGAGGGGGUCCUCUAGACUCUAAUCUCCUCCUCCUGCCCCCGCGCCCCGCCCCAGAUGUGUGCACAAUAAUGCACAGUCUGCCGAAGCUGAAUGCCUCUCUCCCCUUCCCCAGACCAUAACCACUCUCUCAAACAUGGCUUAUUACACUACCGCACUAGCUCCCCCCCCCCCCCCACCCCUCGUCUCUCUCUGUGCGUGUGCUUCUCCACUGGAGCAUGUGAAAUGAUUGCUUUUUCUCCGGGGAUAAAUUGCUCAGCUGCUAUGUUAUUUUGACCUAAUUUACUGUAUUUGCAGUAGCCUUGUUUAUAGACUGUAUAGGCAGUGAAAGGGGUGGGUAAACAACGGUCUGAUUUUCAAGAACGUAGUACCUUUUUUAAUGGCUGUAACCUUUCGUUUUCAGUGUCCAACAAAGUGUCUCCUUUUCAAAUGAAAUGAAUUCAGAGGUUACAUAAUGUCUUCAUCUUCUUCUAUUCUCAGCAAAUCAUGACUCUGAAGAAGGAGAACUUUAACCUGAAGCUGCGGAUUUACUUCAUGGAGGAGCGCAUGCAGCAGAAAUGUGACGACUCAACAGAGGACAUCUACAAAACGGUGUGUGUGUGUGUGUGUGUGUGUGUAGGGGGGGAGGGGGUGUGGUCAUGUGUUACGUCAUUCACACCCUUCAGUGCCAUGAUAAUGUAAUAUGUGACUCAGUCAUUCAGAAUUAGGAAGGAUGACCACAUGGCCCCAGCAGCCAUGAAUACAACAGGCCAUUGUUCCAACUAGGGCUGGGCGGUAUACUGUAUUUUACCAUAUACCAGUAUUGAUGCACUGACCGGUUAGAGUUUUUUUUAACUUUACUCUCUAUAAUGGUAUUUCAAUGUUUGGUUUGUUAAAUGUGAUGCGCAACUCCGGUGCUUAUAAUGUCCGUUUUUUUAUAGUUUACUCUGUUUGAUACUUUAGUCAUCUCUCUCUCCCUCUCCUCCUGCUGCAUGCCAACUAAACACUCCAAGCCAUUCCCCCUGUCACUCAAGGAGAGAGUAGUUUCUCCACCACUGAGUCACGAGCACUUUCUUGCUGUUCACUCUGCAUGGUCAGAUGGAUGCAACAAGAUGUUGGUGACAUGCUGCUUUCCACAAGCAUUCUAUAAUUACGUAUUAGUUUAUGUAUUUUACUGUCUGCAAACUGUCUGCUAGUUUCUUUUCUUAGCAAGUUGUUGCUAAAAUCAUUUGUGUUAGCCGCUAAUGCUAAUCACUAGUUAGCUGGCUAGCUAGCUUGCUAAAUGUAAUCAAGUCAAGCUUUAUUUGUACAGCACAUUUCAGACAUGGAAUGCAACACAAUGUGCUUUACAGGAAAAAACAAAUAAACAAUUAAAAUAAAAACGGAAAUAUUGACUACACAACAAACAUAAGAUAUUAAAAUGAAAAAAUGACACAAACUAAACAACUAAAAAGCACCCCAAGGAAAAGCGAAACUAAAAAUAUGUUGUAAUAUCUCUUUCAGUUUCUGCCCCCCCCCCCCCCCCAUGUUCUCUGCCAGGCUAUUUCAGAGGCUGGGAGCAUAAUAACUAAAGGCUGCCGCUCCAUGCCUCUUGGUCCUAGGCCUCCUGUAGCUCAGUUGGUAGAGCAUGGCGCUUGCAACGCCAGGGUUGUGGGUUCGAUUCCCACGGGGGGCCAGUAUGAAAAAUGUAUGCACUCACUAACUGUAAGUCGCUCUGGAUAAGUGUGUCUGCUAAAUGACUAAAAAUGUUUUAAAAAAUGUCCUAGGCUUUGUUCCAGAGGACUUGCAGGACCUACUGGGUACAUAACUUAAAAGCAUGUCUGACAUGUAUUGGGGUGCACAAUUGUGGAUUGAUUUAAAAAACAAUAGAAGAAUCUUAAAAUGUAUUCUACAACUCACAGGCAGCCAGUGCAGAGACCUUAAAACCAGUGUAAUGUGUGCUCUUCGUCUGGUCCUGGUCAGUACCCGUGCUGCAGCAUUCUGUAUAUGUUUUGCAGUUGACCAAUGGCAUUCUUCGGUAGACCAGACAGGAGAGCAUUACAGUAGUCAAGCCUGCUUGUAAUAAAAGCAUGGAUGAGUCUUUCUGUAUCAGCCUGAGAGAGAGCGAGAGAAACGGCCGCACCGUGGCAAUGUUUCAGGUGGUAAACAGCUAUUGUGGUCACAUUCCGAGUUGGAUUGAACAGUAUAAAUGGAGAAAGCCCCAUGGAAAUCACUUAUAAUUUAUGUUUUGCCACCCUAGGGUCAUGAACUACUUAGAAAGCAUAUUUAGAACUUCUAUUAUUCAAAAACAUAAAAUGUCGUCAAAUACUGUCAUACUGCCAAAAUUUGAAACAAUUGUGAUAUGAUAUUUUGUCCAUAUCUCCCAGCCCUAGUUCCACCCAAAAACACAUCUAACCCCCACCAGAGUUUAGUCCACUGAUCUCAGACCAGUCUCACUACUUUACUAAAUACCCAUCUAACAUGUCUCGGGGUUCUCCCCAAAGAAUGUAAGAGUGGCGCUGCGCCACCUUGUGGGCCUCCCACUGCCAUACGCAGCAGCAGCGAACCACCUUGUAAAAAAAUCAUUUGGAGAAUCCGGUGUCUUACAUUUAGCCCACUGAUCUGAGACCAGUCUCACUACUUUAUUAAAUGCCCAACUAACAUAUCUCACAUUUAGCCCACUGAUCUCAGAGACAAGUCUCUGUCUUUAAUCCUCAUAGAAAAAUAUUGUCUGAUUUUUCCUAAAUUCUAUUUUACGACUAUCCACCUGCGUUUGAGUACACACUUACUCAUUGUUAUGAUAUGAACACAUAGCUUCCAGUGCCAAAGCGAAUUACAUUGUUGAAGUAUGCAGUUGAGGACCGUACUCAACAUAUUCUCAGACCAUACUUGGAGUGCUUUAGGAACCACUCCAAAACAAAUACAAAGCAGGAAUGAAACAUUGGAUCUAAGCUACGGUGUGCCAGGUUUUUCCACUGUGUUAAAGUGAAUGGAAGUUUGACUGAAUUAUUGUCCUUCUCAGAACAUUGAGCUGAAGGUGGAGGUGGAGUCUAUGAAGCGAGAUCUGGCAGAGAAGCAUGAGCUACUGGUGUCUGCAUCGUGAGUACAGACUACUGAUGCUAUCUGUCUAUGAGUACAGACUACUGAUGCUAUCUGUCUGUGAGUACAGACUACUGAUGCUAUCUGUCUGUAAGUACAGACUACUGACUGUCACAACCUACACACUCUGUCAACUAACACUGUCAUUUAAGUCAUCAAUAGUUCUGACUGGACUAUUCAAAUAUGACUGUCCUAAACAUCACUGACUCACUUUUCACUCUUUGAUUAAUCACUAGUUAAUUAGUUGGAAAGCAUUGACUGUCACUGAUCCAAGUGUGUGUGUGUGUUAGAGGGCCAGUUGUGUAUUUUUGCCCUUUGUUUGUCAAAUAACUUUGGUUUAUUUAGUCAAUUAUUGAAAAUCCAAAUGAAUAAAACAACUUUGACUCCUGUCUUGUCAGGAAAGCCUUGGAGAGCCUGGCAGGUAGAGAGUCAGGUGACUCCCUGCGUGUGCGAGAGCGAGCCCACAGAGAGAUGGACGCACUCAGAGACACUCUCAACAAGCGCGUCGCUGAGCUGGAGCAGGUUAGCACUGGGCUAGCGCGUUACUACACUAAUAUGAACACUGACUGCAGUGAAAAGCCAUGGCCUAUAUUCUGGGUGGAAGUGCUGAAAAUGAAAGCAUGUAACACUUACUUAAGAAUGACAUUAAACAUAGGGUAUAAAAUAACGUUAUGUGAAGCUAGCUAGGACAAAACACCUGACAUGUGCUGGCCUGCUGGGCCCCUCACUGUAGAUUUAAAGGGGAAUUCCAAUCAAAAGUUGAAAUUUGUUCUUUAGCUUUUCAUAUUUCUUCUGAUAUGUCUUGCCCACAGGAGGUUGGUGGCGCCUUAAUUGGGGAGGACGGGCUUGUGGUAAUGGCUGGAGCAGAAUCAGUGGAAUGGUAUCAAAUACAUGGUUUCCAUGUGUUUGAUGCCAUUCCAUUUGCUCCGUUCCAGCCAUUAUUAUGAGCCGUCCUCCCCUCAGCAGCCUCCACUAGUCUUACCAUGUGUCUAAGAGACUUUAGUCAAAGUUGGGUGAUAAUGAAAAGGCACAUUAUUGGACAAGGUCAGUGACUAGUCUUGGAACAUUCCCAUCAAUUUCCUCCUCCAUGUCAGGGUCUGAGAGCGGCCGAGGAGGAAGUUGACAAGAUGGCCGCCAUCGCCGAGCAGGAGAAGGUGAGAAGCAUCGGUAUGGAGAAGCAGCUCUUGGCCCUGGGCCUGUCGGGAACCUUCACCCCCAUCCAUGUUCCCAGCCACGACCUGCAGCAGGCUCUACAGGAGAAAAACGGGUAAGGACAGCUACAAAGGGGUUUUUCAACGAAGUGUAAUGCUGCGUCCAAAAUGGCUCCCUAUAUGGUGCAAUACUUUUGACCAUUCAAAAGUAGUGCACUAUAUAGGCAAUAGGGUUACAUUUCAAAUGCAGCCCAUGUACUUCAUUUAAUAUCUGCUGUGAUAUUCUACACUGACACCAACAUGUUGAUCAUGGAGAAAUGAGAUUAUGUAGCCCUGAUGUACUCUCUCUUCUGUUUCACCUGCCUUGAGUAUGAAACCUAGUAGUUAUGUGUUAUCCCAAUGGCACCUAAAUGUAAGGACAAUAUGCCAUUUGUUUAUAAUGGGGAUAAAUGUUUUGAAAAUGUAGAUAUAACGUAGCCUACUUUUGGUCCCUCCAGUGUCAUAGAUCAAUUGAUGAUAUCCGUGGUGAACCAGGAAGCUGUGAUCCAACGGCUACAAAGUACUGGCAGAGACCAGGGGACGGACGCACCAACCACAGAGCACAUCCGACAACUCUCUGCUAUCAUUGGCCAGAAAGAUGAGGAACUGCAGACUCUGAGGGCUGAGCUGGGCGGAGAGAAGGGCAGGACGGAGAGGGACCAUCAGGUGGAUAUUUUUCUAUCUCCAUAUUACCUAAUGCAUAUCAGCUCAAUAUCUCAAUCUACCAACUUUACCUCUCUUACACCAUGUGUUACGAACCCCAUGGCUUUAUAAGUCUAGGGUGGAUGGAAAAGAGACCGUAACAUAACUCAUGCUAAUUAGAAUAUCGCCAACGAACAGUGAGAACAAAAAUACGCCGACAACCACAAAGCUACCGUCAAACACAAAAAUGUUUAUUAUAAACACACAGUAAAGGUUUGGGGAAAAGGGGCUGAGCAGGACCCAAGGAAUGAAACAAUAAUGUAAAAAAAUAACUAAACUGAUCUUGCCUGCCUCAAGAACUGCUAAGCUUACUACUAACUACACAAAAAUACAGUGGGUGGUCUGCUCAGGUCUAACUAGUGUUUAUAGACAAAGUUUUCCUACGGGUAGUGUAUGCCCAAGGGCGAUUUGCUAAAAAUCCCCUUUUCCCAGGAACAAACAAACAACAUAGUUACCAUAUGGAGUAAACAGCAAAUGAGUGAGUACACAAAAACAAGACACCACAGUAUCCAUACUCACAAACAAAAAGAGUCUCUGUCAGAAAACACAACUGAUCAGCAGAUGAACUGAUGACUGACAGGUGGGACACACCAACGACCUCCAAUCAGGAACACAAAGGACACCUGUGAUUAGGGCAGAAGGAGAGGAAAAACACAAAUACACAUACAGGAUACCUGUAUCCGUAACACCAUGUAAUGACAGACCGUCAGGGAAUCUGUGAUUCCUUCCCGUCCAGUAUUUCCUAGCCUGCUUCUCAACCGUAUUGAAGGAAAAGGCCCAAGGUCCAUUCCCUCGUUCUCCAGUGCGUUUUGAGAACAAAGUGAGGAGAGCGAAUGCCAGGAAUUGAAUAAAGAUGUAUUGAGAAGGAGCCAGACUCUCAGAACGAGUGCCUAAGGGGGUAGGAGCCGGUUGAGGUUGUUUCUGGAUGGGGCCAUAGUGUCAGAGUUUCUGGAAAGGGCCAUGGGUAGAUCUCAAUAAUGCAUACUCCUCGCUUCUCUCCUCGUCUCCUUCUCAAAACCCAUUGGAUGAGAAAGCCGAAGGUCCCUCCCGUCUGAGCUUUUCCUCCAAUGGGUUUUGAGAAGGAGAGGAGGGGGGGGGGAGAAGACGGGACGUGAUGAGUAUGCAAUUGACAUCUUCCCAUAGUGUCUGACAGUGCAUACACUGAUGCGUAUUAGAAUUCUCUGACCUCUGAGUGUCCAACUAGAGUGCACUUGCUUGUGAUUUGUCUGUUUUGUUGGGUUGUAGGACACUCCUUUUGUUGUCUAAUUCUGUGGCGCCGCUUUUAUUUUGUGAGGGGUCAAGGUUUGCCCACCAGGCAUUAGCUACCCUCUCUUAGCUGUCUCCUGCAUUCAUGUAAUUAAAGUGUACACACACACACACACACACGUCCUCUGGCCAUAUAUCUCUCUCUGUGCGACACGGAACAGACACAAUCUGUCAGGCGGUUUGACUCUGGAUCUGCUCUAUGAGAGGAAAUGCAUUCUGACGUGAUUAUUGUCGAAUGUGUUGCCCUUUUUACGUCCGUAUGCCUCCUGUUAUGUUGUUUACAGUGAAGUUGGUUUCUGCUGGUUUCUCUGUGUGUGUUCUGCUGUGUUGUGGCAGGCCAGGCAAGGGCUUUGUAGUUUAUAGAAGUUGCCGUCAUCAGAGGAAGCUGACGUGAUUGGUUCCCCAGGUAGAGAAGGAGAGUUGUCAGAUGUCUGUUCUAUUCUUCUCAACCAACAACAAGCUAACAUUAUAGUCUAUUGCUAUAAUCUAUCUACUUUAUUGACUCGCUGGAUAAGAGCGUCUGCUAAAUCAAAUUCUAUUGGUCACAUACACAUGUUUAGCAGAUGUUAUUGCGGGUGUAGCGAAAUGCUUGUGUUCCUAGCUCCAGCAGUGCAGUAAUAUCUAACAAUACACAAAUCUAAAAGAAUGGAAUUAAGAAAUAUAGAAAUAUUAGUAUGCGCGAUGUCGGAGUCCGGAGAGUGUGUGUGUGUGAUGUAUAGACAUGGACAGUAUGUGGAUAGAAUAUAUAGUAUAUCCUAUCUAACUGUGCCACUAGAUCUAAUGUGCCACUAGAUCCUGUUCGAAUCCAGGCUCUGUCGCAGCCUCCGACGGAGAUCGGCGCGCACAAUUGGCCAGCGUCGUACAGGUGGGGAGGAAUGCCGCAGAUUAGCUAGUUAUAGCAGGCGUUGCAACGCCAGGUUGUGGGUUCGAUUCCCCCAGGGGCCAGUAAAAAAAAUGAUCACUAGUAAGUCGCUCUGGAUAAGCGUCUGCUAAUGACAAAAUGUAAUGUAAAGAUAUCAAAGAAUGCUGGAUAGAAUGAAUUACGCAAUAGUUGAAUAGGAUGAACUUGACUAGAAUACAGUGGGGAAAAAAAGUAUUUAGUCAGCCACCACUUGUGCAAGUUCUCCCACUUAAAAAGAUGAGAGAGGCCUGUAAUUUUCAUCAUAGGUACACAUCAACUAUGACAGACAAAAUGAGAAAAAAAAUCCAGAAAAUCACAUUGUAGGAUUUUUUAUGAAUUUAUUUGCAAAUUAUGGUGGAAAAUAAGUAUUUGGUCAAUAACAAAAGUUUCUCAAUACUUUGUUAUAUACCCUUUGUUGGCAAUGACACAGAUCAAAUGUCUUCUGUAAGUCUUCACAAGGUUUUCACACACUGUUGCUGGUAUUUUGGCCCAUUCCUCCAUGCAGAUCUCCUCUAGAGCAGUGAUGUUUUGGUUCUGUCGCUGGGCAACACAGACUUUCAACUCCCUCCAAAGAUUUUCUAUGGGGUUGAGAUCUGGAGACUGGCUAGGCCAGUCCAGGACCUUGAAAUGCUUCUUACGAAGCCACUCCUUCAUUGCCCGGGCGGUGUGUUUGGGAUCAUUGUCAUGCUGAAAGACCCAGCCACGUUUCAUCUUCAAUGCCCUUGCUGAUGGAAGGAGGUUUUCACUCAAAAUCUCACGAUACAUGGCCCCAUUCAUUCUUUCCUUUACACGGAUCAGUCGUCCUGGUCCCUUUGCAGAAAAACAGCCCCAAAAUAUGAUGUUUCCACCCCCAUGCUUCACAGUAGGUAUGGUGUUCUUUGGAUGCAACUCAGCAUUCUUUGUCCUCCAAACACGACGAGUUGAGUUUUUACCAAAAAGUUCUAUUUUGGUUUCAUCUGACCAUAUGACAUUCUCCCAAUCCUCUUCUGGAUCAUCCAAAUGCACUCUAGCAAACUUCAGACGGGCCUGGACAUGUACUGGCUUAAGCAGGGGGACACGUCUGGUACUGCAGGAUUUGAGUCCCUGGCGGCGUAGUGUGUUACUGAUGGUAGGCUUUGUUACUUUGGUCCCAGCUCUCUGCAGGUCAUUCAUUAGGUCCCCCCGUGUGGUUCUGGGAUUUUUGCUCACCGUUCUUGUGAUCAUUUUGACCCCACGGGGUGAGAUCUUGCGUGGAGCCCCAGAUCGAGGGAGAUUAUCAGUGGUCUUGUAUGUCUUCCAUUUCCUAAUAAUUGCUCCCACAGUUGAUUUCUUCAAACCAAGCUGCUUACCUAUUGCAGAUUCAGUCUUCCCAGCCUGGUGCAGGUCUACAAUUUUGUUUCUGGUGUCCUUUGACAGCUCUUUGGUCUUGGCCAUAGUGGAGUUUGGAGUGUGACUGUUUUGAGGUUGUGGACAGGUGUCUUUUAUACUGAUAACAAGUUCAAACAGGUGCCAUUAAUACAGGUAACGAGUGGAGGACAGAGGAUCCUCUUAAAGAAGAAGUUACAGGUCUGUGAGAGCCAGAAAUCUUGCUUGUUUGUAGGUGACCAAAUACUUAUUUUCCACCAUAAUUUGCAAAUAAAUUCAUUAAAAAUCCUACGAUGUGAUUUUCUGGAUUUUUUUUCCUCAAUUUGUCUGUCAUAGUUGACGUGUAGCUAUGAUAAAAAUUACAGGCCUCUCUCAUCUUUUUAAGUGGGAGAACUUGCACAAUUGGUGGCUGACUAAAUACUUUUUCCCCCCACUGUACAUAUGAAAUGGCUAAAACAGUAUGGGAACAUUAAAGUGACCAGUCUUCCAUUAUUAAAGUGACCAGUGUUCCAGGGCAGCAGCCUCUAAGGUGCAUGGAUGAGUAACUGGGUGGUAGCCGGCUAGUGACUGUGACUAAGUUCAGGGCAGGGUACUGGGUGGAGGCCGGCUAGUGAUGACUAUUUAACAGUCUGAUGGUCUUAAGAUAGAAGCUGUUUUUGAGUCUCUCGGUCCCAGCUUUGAUGCACCUUUACUGACCUCACCUUCUAGAUGAUAGUGGGGUGAACAGGUCGUGGUUUGGGUGGCUGAGGUCCUUGAUGAUCUUCUUGGCCUUCCUGUGACACCGGGUGCUGUAGAUGUCCUGAAGGACAGGCAGUGUGCUCCCGGUGAAGCGUUGGGCUGACCGCACCUCCCUCUGGAGAGCCUUGCUGUUGCGGACAAUGCAGUUGCCGUACCAGGCGAUGAUACAUCCCGACAGGAUGCUCUCAAUGGUGCAUCUGUAGAAGUUUGUGAGGGUCUUAGGGGCCAAGCCGAAUGUCUUUAGCCUCCUGAGGUUGAAGAGGCGCUGUUGCACCUUCACCACACUGUCUGUGUGGGUGGACCAUUUCAGAUUGUCAGUGACGUGUUGGAUGGGGGCGUGCUCCCUCUGCUGUCUCCUGAAGUCCUCGAUCAGCUCCUUUGUUUUGUUGAAGGAGAGGAUAUUUUCAUGGCACCACUCCGCCAGGGCCCUCACCUCCUCCUUGUUGUUGGUAAUCAGGCCUACCACUGUUGUGUCGUCUGCAAACUCGAUGUUUGAGUUGGAGGCGUGUGUGGCCACGCAGUCGUGGGUGAACCAGGAGUACAGGAGAGGGCUGAGCACACAUCCUUGUUGAGGAUCAGCGUAGUGGAGGUGUUGUUGCCAACCUUCACCACCUGGGGUCAGCCCGUCAGGAAGUCCAGGGCCCAGUUGCACAGGGCGGGGUUCAGACCCAGGGCCCCGAGCUUAAUGAUGAGCUUGUAAGGUACUAUGGUGUUGAAGGCUGAGCUGUAGUCAAUGAACAGCAUUCUUACAUAGGUAUUCCUCUUGUCCAGACGGGAUAGGGCACUGCGAUGGCGAUGGCAUCAUCCGUGGAUCUAUUGGGGCGGUAUGCAAAUUGCAGUGGGUCUAGGGUGUCGGGUAAGGUGGAGGUGAAAUGAUCCUAAACUAACCUCUCAAAGUACUUCAUGAUGACAGUGAGUGCUACUGGGCGAGAGUCAUUUAGUUAAGUUACCAUCGCUUUCUUGGGUACAGGAACAAUGGUGGACAUCUUGAAGCAAGUGGGGACAGCAGACUGGGAUAGGGAGAGAUUGAAUAUCUCUGUAAACACUCCAGCCAGCUGGUCUGCGCAUUCUCUGAGGACGCAGCUAAGGAUGCUGUCUGGGCCGGCAGCCUUGCGAUUAUUUUUUAUUAUUAUUAUAUAUAAAACAUUUUAGGGGGUCAAUCAGCUUUUAUAUUGCAGAUAGUGUGGCUUCUAUCAAUGUAAUUGUCUGCAUAAUUUCCAAUCCACUAAAUAUAUAUUUUUAAUAUAUUUUCCUUCUUUAUUAUUUUCCCCAAACCCUAUCAUCCCUCAUCUAAUUGGAGUAAACUAAUGGACAACAAUACUUAGGCUUCUACUUCCAGCUUAUACAUACUAUAUAUAUUUUACAGACACUGUAUAUUUUACAUUAAUUAUCUAUCUAUAUUUAUAUUUUUCACCCUUCAGCUCCCCUCAACCCCUCCCAUCUAUCUCUGAACACCAUCCCGUUUUGAUUUCUACUAGCCAUAUAUUUAGCCACAACUGUGCUGUGAUGUUUUUUUAUUCUCAUAUAUCCUACAGAUAAAAAAUGUUGCUAGGAGUAUUAUUAUAUUAUUGAUCGAUUUGACAAUGACUUUUCAAAUCACCUAGCAGAGCUAUUUGCAGAGUUAGCUCCAGUUAAAUGUUGUUAUUUACAAGCUACAUAUAGGCAGUACCAUGCGAGGGUUAACAAGCUUAAAUGUCUUACUCACAUCGGCCACGGAGAACGAGAGCUCACAGUCCUCUGGAGCGGCACUGUGUUAUCCUCAAAUCGGGAGAAGAAGGUUUUUAGCUUGUCCGGGAGCAAGACGUCGGUGUCCCCGACGUGGCUGGUUUUCGUUCACCCAAACCGCGUCUCACAAAGACGCGACGGUUGGAACCAAAAAUCUCCAAUUUGGACUCCAGACCAAAGGACACAUUUCCACUGGUCUAAUGUCAGUAUGAAAAAUGUAUGCACUCACUUAACUGUAAGUCGCUCUGGAUAAGAGCGUCUGCUAAAUGACUAAAAUGUAAAUGUAGUGGUAGUGGUUUCUUUGCAGCAAUUUGACCAUGAAGGCCUGAUUCACACAGCACCCUCAGAACAGUUGGUGUUGAGAUGUGUCUGUUACUUGAACUCUGUGAAGCAUUUAUUUGGGCUGCAAUUUCUGAGGCUGGUAACUCUAAUGAACUUAUCCUCUGCAGCAGAGGUAACUGUGGGUCUUUUAUUCCUGUGGCGGUCCUCAUGAGAGCCAGUUUCAUCAAAGUGCUUGAUGGUUUUUGCGACUGCACUUGAAGAAACUUUCAAAGUUCCUGAAAUGUUCUGUAUUCACUGACCUUCAUGUCUUAAAGUAGUGAUGGACUGUCGUUUCUCUAUGCUUAUUUGAGCUGUUCUUGCCAUAAUAUGGACUUGGUCUUUUACCAAAUAGGGCUAUCUUCUGUAUACCCCCCUACCUUGUCACAACACAACUGAUUGGCUCAAACUCAUUAAGAAGGAAAGAAAUUCCACAAAUUAACUUUUAAGAAGACACACCUGUUAAUUGAAAUGCAUUCCAGGUGACUACCUCAUAAAGCUGGUUGAGAGAAUGCCAAGAACGUGCAAAGCUGUCAUCAAGGCAAAGGGUGGCUAUUUGAAGAAUCUCAAAUAUAAAAUGCAUUUUGAUUUGUUUAACACCUUUUUUGGUUAUUGCAUGAUUCCAUAUGUGUUAUUUCAUAGUUUUGAUGUCUUCACUAUUAUUCUACAAUGUAGAAAAUAGUACAAAUAAAGAAAAACCCUUGAAUGAGUAGGUCUCCAAACUUUUGACUGGUACUGUACACUACCGUUUAAAAGUUUGGGGUCACUUAGAAAUGUCCUUGUUUUCAAACUGGAAAGCUUUAUUAGGACUAAUUUCCUCCUCAUAAUGUACAAUAUCUGUGUCUCCACACACCUAGGCUAUUGAUGUAUUCAAGAAAAGGACUCGUUCGUGCGAAAAGCCUAUCUCUCUGUUGUUUUACUUUGUAAAACAAUGUUGUUCGAUCAAUAGGCCUAUUUUGGAAGUUGAUAACAUAUUUGGUAGCCUACAGACAGAUUAGUCUGCUCUGCUUAGCAGAAUCCAUUUUCUUUCCAACUGGUGUUUUCCCGUGAUUGUAUAUGAAAUAUUGCGAAAGGCCUGUUUUGGCUGUAGUAUUCAGAAUUAUUUAGUUUUUUUCCGAACAGACCGCAGUAAUUUUAUAACUUCGGCAAAUGUAUUUCAAUCAGAGGUGUUGCAGCACCUCCAGCACCCUUCCUGUGGCUAUGAUUCUGUAAGGAAAAAGGUGAAGUGCAACGCUGGAGAGAUCAGUUGCAGGCUCAUGUCUAUUUGAGCGGAGAGAGAUCAUAGAAAGUGAAUAUCAUUCUAGUUCUGUGAGAUACAGGAGCGCUUCUCUCUCACCACAGCAAUGGCCACGCGUUGGUUUAUAGACUACAAUGUUGCACAAACCAUAAACCCGGGUUGGCCCAACACUAAUCAAUUCUUAGAAUAUUUUCACAUUAAAUUUCUUAGGGGGAAGGAGAAUUACAGAGGAGGCAAAAUUGAAUUAACUCUGAUUUUAUUAGAAUUUUUACAUUACAUACAGUGAAAAUGAAUGUUCAUGCCACGAGAGGUACCGGCUCCUGGCAAAUGGGUUCCGGAACGAAACAGUCCAAAAUUGAGAGGUGACGCAUCCUGUUCCCUCAGGAUCCGGCUCAAAUUAAGCACUGUUGGUAGCAGAACCGAUCAAAAUAUGAAUUUCAUCUGCAAGAUGGACAAAUAUAGUAGUAUUAUUCUGUCCUGUCAGACAGUAGCGGAAGCUGUCAGUCUGUCUCUGGCAGUGCUCAUGUUUCCUCCUCUCUCUUGGCCCAGGUUUCUGUGUUAAUACAGGAUUAGCAUCCCGGCAGGAGAGAGUUGCCCUUAGGGUUAUUUAUGGACUAACUUUAUAUUAAAAACCACAACCCCUAUGGGUUUCUAUUGGAUUCUGUCUGGGCUGUAUGUCAGAUUACAUGGUGUAAGAGGGGUAAAGCUGGGUAAAAGGAGUCCAGGCUCUGGGUUGUUAGGUCUGUAGUGUGAGAGAGAGACGCACACUUAGAGGUCUAAGGGGUCAGGCAGUUCAUCACUGUAGCUCUAUCAUGUUUUCUGAGGUGAGGCAGGUGGUGGCAUUGAGGACCAGGUGAGGCCAUCUCUUAAUCUCAAAUCAGAUAAAUCAGAUUUACCUUGCCAAGGAGACCCCCCCCCCCCCCCCCCCCCCCCCGAGUCAAUGUCACCUCACCUGUGUAGACCUAGGGCCCGCUUAGACCCUGCUGUCCUUGUCGGGGCAGCCAGGAUGGGUAAAUAGUCCUGGGGUCAGAUGGGGCUGGAUUACGAGGUCAGCAGCCAGCCGUGACACAGGAGAUCACCGCGGGUCCAGUCCAGGGGAUUUGGUCUGAUUGAAUGUGUGGGAUAGCGGAGGAGGGAUCAGAGGAUGGGACUUAACGCUUACGCUGCUCUCACCAGGAAGAGCUUUGUCAGUCUCUCCUCUUCACUCAGAGCGGGAGAGUCUGCUGUAUGCCAUGGCUGGCAGGCUGACGACCAUGUGAAAGCGGAGAGUAUUUUGUGUUUAGGGUCUGUAAGGAGCAAUUUUGAGUGUUGGACUAAACUGUGAGUUUAUUGCACUGUUCCUAUCACAGAGAUGGAGAGAGCAUUUUCUCUGUGCCAUGGCUGGCAAGCUGACGACUACAAGGGGUCUAUCUGAGUGCGUUUCUCUGUUGGACCGAACCAUCCUCUCAGGUCAUCACCAUGAAGGACCCAUGCCGCGUAUGCGGCGUUCGCCUCAUUGGCAGUCAGUGCCGCUGGAUCUUCAACCCGUCGGGCAAGCGGCAGCUCCAGGUCAUCCUGUCCCACGUGCUGGGGCGCCAGGUCGACCGCGACCCUGAUGGCCAGGCGUCAGAGUUCCUGUGCGGCAAAUGCGUGUUCAAGCUGGAACGCGUAGUGCAGUGCGACGUGCAGAUUGGCAGGCUGCAGGAGGAGCAUGCUGCCCAGGUGCAGCGGUUGCAACAGGAGAGGGAGAAUCUGAAGCAGUGUGUGGCCCACGUCUACGGACGCCACAACCCCCUGCCAGAGAGGCCCGAUGUGGGGGAGGUGAGCACCGUUAUGACCCCCCUCUGGAGGUCCUCUGAAGGUGGAAGCCCUGAUGAGUGCGGGGGAGGACAGCUUACGUCCGAAGGGCAGAGGAAGGAAGAUGGAGGGGAGGGGGAUGGGCGGGUGAGGCAUUCUGUGAGUAUGGACCUCCUGGGUGGACCGGGUGGUCCAGUGGGAGCUGCAGGUCGGUCAAGCUCAGCCCUCAGGAGGGUGCAGUCCAGUGGGGAUCCCUGCCCGGCAUGCCCGGUGAAGAACCCUGGGCUCCAGUCAGCGCGGCUCCGCUCCAGGAGCAUGAUGUACUUGGACCUGGUCUACCGCAAAGGCACCCUCUCCGGCUCCAGGCUCCGCUCGGCCUCGCUUCAGUCCCUCAACCCUGACCACCCUCACCAGACAGAACCCCUGGGCCCCCUGUCACAGAGACUGUGCAGAGAGUCAAAGAUAUCAGUGAGGGAACACUCUCAUUCAGUGGACCAUGCUACCACCAUCACCACCAGACUCCAGAGAGGGCACUCCCCUGCCCAGCCUCCCAUCUCCGACCUGCUGCUGCUGCUGCGCUCCAUCCCUAGAAAUCCAAUCCCAGGGACCCCCGGGAGCCGCAUCCCCGUCCUGUGGAGGAGGCCCAGGGUGGGACAGCCACUCUCCCCAGGACGCAGCAUCACCCCUGGGGCCCGACGCAAGGAGGCUGAGUGGAAGUCCCUCCAGGACGUCACAGAGGAGUUUAAUGACGGUUACAUGCCUCUCAGAGCUGAGGUAGUCUAGUCAUCUCACCUCAGACCGAUCCUCUGUAGAGAACUUGGAAGGCAAUUGAAAUGUAUCUUUAGACUGAAUUUGGAUAAUUAUUUAACUAAUAAAGAUCAAUCGGUUGUGAGGUUGGAUAUCGCGACAGUAAAAGUGUCAAUUUUUGUUGAUAAUGGGGAAUAAAGUAUCUGUUUUAAUAAAUCAAUUAAUCAAAGGGAUUCACAGGCUUUUCUGCCCAUGUGACAGUUUUCCUUCCCCUUUGUUAACCAGUUGACCUCCUUUUCCUUUCUUAGCCAACUCAUCCUCUUUGUUGACUAAUUUCCCAGAAUUGUGUGUUUCCCUUCCCCAGGGUUUCACUGAGCAGCUGAAUGAGGUGAGCAGGCUGGAGACAGCCCAGAGGCAGCUGAGUGAGGAGAUGAACCAGUUCAGAGCAACCAACCAGAACCUCUCCAAGACCCUGGAGGACAUCCAGAAUAAUAACAAGGUGAUUUGGGGGGAAAGAGAAAAUGGGGAGCAAAUAGUUUUUGUGUUAUAGAUAUAUACAGCUGCGGAAAAAAUUAAGAGACCACUGCAAAAUUAUCAGUUUCUCUGGUUUUACUAUUUAUAGGUAUGUGUUUGGGUAAAAAUAACAUUUUUGUUUUAUUCUAUAAACUACUGACAAUAUUUCUCCCAAAUUCCAAAAAAAAAAUUGUCAUUUAGAGCAUAUAUUUGCAGAAAAUGACAACUGGUCAAAAUAACAAAAAAGAUGCAGUGUUGUCAGACCUCGAAUAAUGCAAAGAAAAUAAGUUCAUGUUAAUUUUUAAACAACACAAUAGUAAUGUUUUAAUUUAGGAAGAGUUCAUAAAUCAAUAUUUGGUGGAAUAACCCUGAUUUUCAAUCACAGCUUUCAUGCGUCUUGGCAUGCUCUCCACUAGUCUUUCACAUUGAUGUUGGGUGACUUUAUGCCACUCCUGGCGCAAAUAUUCAAGCAGCUCGGCUCUGUUUGAUGGCUUGUGACCAUCCAUCUUCCUCUUGAUCACAUUCCAGAAGUUUUCAAUGGAGUUCAGGUCUGGAAAUUGGGCUGGCCAUGACAGGGUCUUGAUCUGGUGGUCCUCCAUCCACAACCUUCAUUGACCUGGCUGUGUGGCAUGGCGCAUUAUCCUGCUGGAAAAACCAAUCCUCAGAGUUGGGGAACAAUGUCAGAGCAAAAGGAAGCACGUUUUCUUCCAGGACAACCUUGUACGUGGCUUGAUUCAUGCGUCCUUCACAAAGACAAAUCUGCCCGAUUCCAGCCUUGCUGAAGCACCCCCAGAUCAUCACCGGUCAUCCCGGUCAGUAGAGAGUCGUUUUCGCCCUCUGCCGGUCUGUAGCUUUGUUGUCCCCAAUGUCUGCUGCUUGACCGUCUUUGAAAUUAAGGAUGGAAGCAACCUGACGCUCACUGUAUCCCUCUGCCAGUAAAGCCAGAAUUGAACCUUUAUUUUCCUCACUCAAAACUUUCCUUUUCAACUCUUUUGGCAUGGUCAAUAGUUAUUUUUUGAUUUAAUAUUACUUUUGAGGUACUAUUAGCACUGUUUUUGCCAUCCAGCUGGUCCUAUUGCAAGAGGAUAGUGAUGACCACAGCAGUGUUUUUUAUACUUUUCCUCGUUAAAUAAGAUUUGGUUCAGGUGAUCACCUAAUCAGUACCUAAUUCAGUAGAAUGAGGUGUGCCUGUGUUGGAAUUCAACAGACACUGGAAUGGAAUGGCUGUCAUACAUGUAGAGAUGCUGAUUUAAGAAAAGUUUGCAGUGGUCUUAAUUUUUUCCAGAGCUGUAUAUAUGCAUGCAUGCAUGCCUGCAUACAGUACCAGUCAAAAGUUUGGACACCUACUCAUUCAAGGGUUUUUAUUUUUACUAUUUUCUACAUUGUAGGAAAGUAGUGAAGACAUCAAAACUAUGAAAUAUCACAUAUGGAAUCAUGUAGUGACCAAAAAAGUCUUAAACAAAUCAAAAUAUAUUUUAUAUUUGAGAUUCUUCAAAUAUCCACCCUUUGCCUUGAUGACAGCUUUGCACACUCUUGGCAUUCUCUCAACCAGCUUCACAUGGAAUGCUUUUCAAACAGUCUUGAAGGAGUUCCCACAUAUGCUGAGCACUUGUUGGCUGCUUUUCCUUCACUCUGUGGUCCAACUCAUCCCAAACCAUCGCAAUUGGGUUGAGGUCGGGGGAUUGUGGAGGCCAGGUCAUCUGAUGCAGCGCUCCAUCACUCUCCUUCUUGGUAAAAUAGCCCUUACACAGCCUGGAGGUCUGUUGGGUCAUUGCAUUGUCCUGUUGAAAAAGAAAUUAUAGUCCCACUAAGCCCAAACCAGAUGGGAUGGCGUAUAGCUGCAGAAUGCUGUGGUAGCCAUGCUGGUUAAGUGUGCCUUGAAUUCUAAAUAAAUCACAGACCGUGUCACCAGCAAAGCACCCCCACACCAUAACACCUCCUCCUCCAUGCUUUACAGGCAGCUUAAUUAAAUAGUACCUGCAAAACACCAGUCUCAACGUCAACAGUGAAGAGGCGACUCCGGGAUGCUGACCUUCUAGGCAGAGUUGCAAAGAAAUAUGAGAAAUGGCUUUUUCUUUGCAACUCUGCCUAGGUCAGCAUCCCGGAGUCGCCUCUUCACUGUUGACGUUGAGACUGGUGUUUUGCGGGUACUAUUUAUUUGAGCCUGUAAUCGAACCCACAAUUGCUGAUGCUCCAGAUACUCAGCUAGUCUCUUUUAUUGCUUCUUUAAUCAGCACAACAGUUUUCAGCUGUGCUAACAUAAUUGCAAAAUGGUUUUCUAAUGAUCAAUUAGCCUUUUAAAAUGAUAAACUUGAUUUAGCAAACACAAAAUGCCAUUGGAACACAGGACUGAUUGUUGCUGAUAAUGGGCCUCUGUAUGCCUAUGUAGAUAUGUUUCCAGCUACAAUAGCCAUUUACAACAUUAACAAUGUCUACACUGUAUUUCUGAUCAAUUUGAUGUUAUUGUAAUGGACAAAGAAAUUGCUUUUCUUUCGAAAACAAGGACAUUUCUAAGUGACCCCAAACUUUUGAACGUUUGUAUGUGUAUAUAUAUAUAUAUAUAUACAUACAUACAUACAUACAUACAUACAUACAUACAUACAUACAUACAUACAUACAUACAUACAUACAUACAUACAUACAUACAUACAUACAUAUACACACACACCGGUAAAUGUUUUCAUCAUGGAAUUUUCACCAUUUUCAAAUGAAUACACCUAGACAAUCCUUUCAGUUCUACAGAAAUGGCUGUGGGGUAGGAGCACUUAUUAAGGGUGGAUUCAAAAUGUACCAUUUUGAUUCAUCUAACAUGUCAGAGGUAAAUUAAUUGACUGCGUUGUUGUGUCUACUUAAUCAUAUGCAAUUUAGCAGACGCUUUUAUGUAAAGCGACUGUUAGUCAUGUGUGCAUACAUUUUACGUAUGGGUGGCCCUGGGAAUCGAACCCACAAUCUUGGCAUGCAAGCGCCAUUCUCUACUGACCUGAGCUAUAGAGGACCACAAGUGACCACUUGUUUUUUUGUUAUUUUUUAAAGGCGCUGUCUGGUAAGCUGGAGGAGACUGAAAACCAGCUGAGCUCAGAGAAGAAGAACGCUCUGAAACGAGACAAAACCAUCCAGGGACUCACUCUGGUGCUCAAAGAAAAGGAAAAAGAGGUGCGGUUGAUUUUAUAUUAUUCACACAGCAUUUUACACUGAAUUAAAUGUUGACAAUGAUAACCUAAUUUGAUAUCAUACUGUUAUAACCAACCUUUGUUGACCCACGAAAAUGAUGUUGCCUCAUAUGCUAUGCCAUCUCUGUGCUACGCAGACUGAGGGCUUAUGUAACAUUGUCACACCAACCCGUCUAUCUCUGUCUGUGUGUUCCAGAUUGAAGAGCUGUGCCAUGAGAUUGAGGACAGGGACGAGGCUUUAGCCAAAGCCAGGGAGGCAGCGCACAAAGCCCAGCUCCAGAAAUACCAGGCAAGUCAGAUCAGACACAGCAUUGGCCGCGUUCCAGGUCCAAUACAUUGGAGUCGCGCUGCAUGCAUCAACCAAUUGCUGUGUGCCAUGUCAUUCACUGCGCAGUCGGGAAUCUAAGUGCUAUUUCAUAUGAUGUUAUUAGCUAAACACUAUUAAAGGUGAUGUGAGAUCUGGCAGGCAGCUGCAAUGUCUAUCUACUCUGCUGUAGUGCUGUAAUGUGUGUAUCUGUGCGUGUUUGCCAGAGGUCACAUGAAUACAGACUUCUGCGUUGCACGCACAAGCAAACACGCACUCAAAAGACAAAAAUAAGUCUCCUGCUUCUCUAACUAUAUCCAUAUCCAUGCUUUCCCCCCAGGGUGCGGAGGAGCACCAGUCUCUGCUGAUGGAGAAGCAGGCGGAGCUGUCCCAGCUCCAGGGGGAGCACCACACCAAGCUGCUGGAGGCCCUGAAGCUGCAGCGCUCCCUGGGCAGGAGGGAGCAGGAGCUGGCUGAUCUGCAGCAGGCCAAGGAGCAACUGGACCAGGAGCUGGAGGAGCUGCAGCAGCAGAAGAAGAAGGGGGACAAGGCCCUCAAUGUAAGGCCACAGGAGGAAUAUCUAUUGUUGGGCUGGGAAUUGCCAGGGACCUCACUAUACGGUAUUAUCACGAUAUCUAGGUGCUGAUACUAUAUGUAUUGCGAUUCUCAAGAUUCUAUACGUAUUGUGAUUAGAAACUAAGAUUUUAUUGUGCUUUGAUGUUCCAAACAUAUUGCUCACUAUAUGUCUGCUGCAGAGAGACGAGAGAGCAUGAGAAAACUAGUUUUGAUCAGUCAGGGAAAUAAUGUUGAAAACAUGUUGGCUCACUAUUUAAAAAGAAGAUGGAGAACAAGCUAUAUAGCAGGGGUUCCUAACUGGCGGCCCCCGGGUGGUUUUAUUUGGCCUUCAAGUAAAUAAUGUAUAAAAAUAAAUGUUCAUUGUUGGACAUAAAAGACUGUAAAAACACCUCCAAGUGAUAUUCAUUUUGAAAAUCUGUUCCCAAGUAUUUCCACAUAUAAUAGAGAAGUUAUCGUAUGCAACUGUAAGCAAGGUUUUAAAUGAUUAUGUUUUAGUCAAAUAUUAGCUGUUUGGGUAGUCAACAAAUUAUUUGUAAUUAUGUUCUGGCCCCCCAACCAUCCGCUCAAGAAAAAAUCGUCCCAUGGCUGAAUCUAGUUGAUGAUCCCUGAGCUAUAGGAUGAAAAAUUCAGGAGUUUUAGCAUAUAUAUAGCCGACUAACGCUACCUUCAGUAGCAAUAAUAAGAAAAUGAAAAACGAUAUACCAAUAUCCAUUCACAGACCGAUUUGUAUUUUUGCUUUACCUUCUAUAGCAGUAUUUUCAUGUUUGAUUUGUUACAUUAAAUAAUUCAUUAAUGACAACAACAACAAAAAGAUCAGUCAUCCGUUUUUAUUGCCAGUAAGAAACUACUAACAGCUGAGAACUAAAGGCUAACUUGCUAGCACAACAAGUCAACAACUUUGGGAGGGCAACAUUGCCAAAUAGACUCCUGGAAAUUGUCAGACUGCAAUUAAAACCCGAAAAUGCACAAUGAAAAAGGAUAAUUAUUCUGUCAAGGAAUAAAUAGAAGCAUACUAAGACAGGAAAAAACAUGACUCAGUGUGUAAAUGAUAACAAAUUAAUGCAGGAAAUAAAGAAAUUGAUCAAAAUGCUGGAAGUGAGUGUUGGAAUUCAACAAAUAACUUUGCAAAUGGCAACCAUUGGUCGAGUACCAGAGUUAGAGGCUGCAAAAUAGGAUUUUGAUUCCUAUGCAAUGUUCUACAAAGACCACUGUCAAUUUUGUCCUAUUAUUUUUGGUUGAAGUUUGGUUGAACAGUAUAAUGCAAUGCAAUCAGAAUGGAGAAAGCCCAUUUUAUUAAACCACUUAGAAUUAAUUUGUUGCCAUCCUAGGGUCAUGCACUACCCAUAAAGCAUAUUUAGAACUUUUAUUAUUCAGAAGCGUCAAAAAUGAGAAAAAUACCGCGAUAUGGUAUUUUGGCCAGAUCGCCCAGCACGUCUUUGUUGUGUGGAAAAGCUUUGAUAUUGGCAAUGGGCAAGCUGGGAGCAGGUAUAAAAGUUAUCUUAUUUAACCUGUUCUGUAGGUUUACUACGGUUGCAAGUUUUACUACCAUGUAACUAUGUGGUUUUAGCCACACAUAAUAGAAUGCAGAAUGUAUUCCCCAAAGCCAUCAAUUUGCCCUAAAGAUGAGGGCAACUUUAUUUUCUGGGCUUUUGCUAACCACAUGACCCAACCAUCAAUAAACUCCCGACCCUACCUAUAAUCAAUGUACCCUAUGAGCACAAGAUGUUGAAAACUUUUGCACUCCCUCCUAGUCAGUGUCCUAUCUCUGCCAUGCAGGAGGUGCAGAACCAGCUAAAGAAGCUGAGUGGGGAGCUGGGCGAGAGGGAGAGCAGCCUGGAGCAGCAGUACCAGGAGCAGCUGGAACAGACAAAGAGGAGGCUGCAGAGUCACGAGAUCACCAUCCAGCGCCUCACCACCUGCCUGGCCGACAAGGAGCAGCAGCUACAGGUAGAUAGUCUGAGAGCUCAAGAAACUAAAAGUGAAACCAUAGAAAUUGAAUCUAUGGAAGGGAACUUAGAGUAUCGAACACUGCCAAUUUGGGGAGGCCUGUUCUAUAUGUUCCUUUUCUAUGGGUGGAACUAGGUAAAUAUGGUGUACGGGAACUGGGAAAAACUCAUGUUCUCUUCCUUUCUCUGUUUUUCUUUUCUUUCUGUCCCUCUAUUCGAUCUUGUUCUUUCUCUUGCUUUCGCUCUUUUUUUCUCCCUAACUCUCCCUCCUAUCUCUGUCUAUGCCUCUCUUAUCUCUCUCUCUUCUCCCUCUCUCAGGAGUACAUGAACAUGAUGAGAGACAUGGAGCAGAGCAGAAGUCCUGAGGAAAGCGACACCAUGCUGUCAAAGCUGCGAGAACGACUGAAAGAAAAAGAGAAGGCUCUGGAGGUGGGCUUUCUAUCAAUACUCCCUAGCUCUCUUUCUCUCCGUCUCUCUGGCUUUCUAUCAAUACUCCCUAGCUCUCUUUCUCUCCGUCUCUCUGGCUUUCUAUCAAUACUCUCUAGCUCUCUUUCUCUCCGUCUCUCUGGCUUUCUAUCAAUACUCCCUAGCUCUCUUUCUCUCCGUCUCUCUGGCUUUCUAUCAAUACUCUCUAGCUCUCUUUCUCUCCGUCUCUCUGGCUUUCUAUCAAUACUCUCUAGCUCUCUUUCUCUCCGUCUCUCUGGCUUUCUAUCAAUACUCUCUAGCUCUCUUUCUCUCCGUCUCUCUGGCUUUCUAUCAAUACUCCCUAGCUCUCUUUCUCUCCGUCUCUCUGGCUUUCUAUCAAUACUCUCUAGCUCUCUUUCUCUCCGUCUCUCUGGCUUUCUAUCAAUGUUUGAAAAUAAAAUAUUUCUCUCUAGCUCUCUUUCUCUCAGUCUCUCAAUUCAAUUGCUUUAUUGGCAUGAUGUAAAAAUGCCAAAGCGUACUUUGGAAAUGGAAUGAUUCAUUAACAACAUGAAGACUGUCACAAACAGGACAAUGUCACUCUGAUCUGAUGAAGAAAAUUGUAAGCCUUUGGUCUUUAAUGUCAACGUCCUGUAUGGCUCCUCCACAGCAAGCGCUGGAUGAGAAGUUUGCGGCACUAGAAGAGAAAGACAACGAGAUCCACCAGCUACACCUGUCACUCAGGGAGAAGGAGAGGGACCUGGAGAGACUCAACAACCUGCUGUCUCACAAUGAGGACACCAUCAAUGUAAGGCACCAUGAUCACCCCACCAGCGUUGGGGUCAAUUCAAUUUCAAUUCAGUCAAUUUAGGGAUUCAACAGAAAUGUUAACUCCUCCAAUUUCCCUCAUUGCUUUUCAAUGAGGAGAAUUGGAAUUUCAAUUUACUUAAUAAAUUGACUGAAUUGAAAUAGAAUUGACACCAACCCUGCAUGUCUUAUUUAAUAAAGUCACACACUAGCUCCUAUAUAGGGUUGUUGCAAGGACUGCUAGGCUAAACAUCAUGUUGAAUGGAGAGUCUACAACACUGGUCUUACACACUCACUCGCUCCCUGCAGAGUUUUGACACGUUGAUCAAGGAGAAGGACGUGGAGCUGCAGCACCUGGCCAACACCCUGAAGAACCUGCAGCGGGCCAAGCAGGAUGUGGAGGACAACCUGAACCGAGCCUGCAGGGAGAAGGACUCCAUCAUCAGUCAGCUGCAGCUCUCCCUGGAGGGCAAGACCAAGGACAUGGAGGUAGGAAGACGCAGUACUUUCUCCUUUUUUAAGGGUCUGGGACCUGGUCUGGGACCUGGUCAAGCUGACACUCACAAAACAUUACCUGAACAUAAAGACUCUUACAACACAGGCUUCAAUACUCACAAAACACUGACAUCAUUCACCAAACACACUGUCGUUCAAUAAUAUACUGAUUUUUAUAUAAUAUUGACCUAGUAUCUCUUGGAAAAGAGGUUAAUCCCAGAAAGUUAAAGCUGGAUAAGUAAAGAUUGACAAAAAUAACAAACCUCUUUUUUCUUUUGCUCGCUCUCUCUGUGUCUCUCUCUCGCUCUCUCUCUGUCUCUCUCUCUGUCUCUGUGUGUCUCUGUCUCUGUGUGUCUCUCUGUGUGUCUCUCUCUGUCUCUCUGUGUCUCUCUAUCUCUCUGUGUCUCUCUCCAUCUCUCUGUGUCUCUCUAUCUCUCUGUGUCUCUCUCUCUCUCUGUGUCUCUCUCUCUCUGUGUCUCUCUCUCUAUCUAUCUAUCUCUCUAUCUAUCUAUAUAUCUCUCUCUGUCUGUGUGUAGGCGAUGGCGAGUGCCCUGCUGAGCCAAUCCCAGUCUCAGGCCCGUGACCUUGCGGAACAGAUGGGUCAGAGGUUAAAGGUGGCAGAGGCCAUGCUGGUGGACGCAGUCAAGGCCCGUGAGAGGCUGGUGGCGGACAACGAGAGCGCCGUGGAGGGCCUGCUGGCCACAAUCAGCAGCAAGGACCAGCUGCUCAAGGUACACACACACACACACACACACACACACACACACACACACACACACACACACACACUGGAGGCAUUUUUACUGGUUGAUUUAUCCUGAUGAGAAAGUCUCUGUCUAAUAACAUCCACACUCGCAUUCUAUUCGUCUUAACGUUGUAAUAUUUUUACAGGAGGUUUAGCUUUUAUGAUCUCAUGUUUUCUCUCCUGUCCCUCCAGGAGUCAGCGGAGCACUAUAACAGGACGCUGUCUGAGCGCAUCCAGGAGAUCCAGGAGCUGAGGCGACAGCUGUGUACCCGGCAGCAGCAGCUGGCCUCUGCCGAGAAACUUAGUUCCACGGCAACACAGGAGGGUUACCUGGAGAUGGCCGAGCUCCGGGUCCUGCUGACCGAGAAGGAAUCUAUCAUCAAUGUGAGUUUGGACCAAGGGAGUUAUUUGGAUAGGUGCAAAGUACACUACUAUUUUGUAAAGUGUGGGGGUGUUUUUGAUAGUUUAGGAUUUAGAUGACGGAUGGCUACAAUAUGUGCAGGAUUUUGCUCCAGCCCAGCUCUAACGCACCUCACAAGUUAAAAAAUAAGAUAAAAAUGCUUUGGUCAAAAUGGAAGACCGUUUGGUUAUUUUUGUGUUAAAGUACACUACUAUUUUGUAAAGUGUGGGGGUGUUUUUGAUAGUUUAGGAUUUAGAUGACGGAUGGCUACAAUAUGUGCAGGAUUUUGCUCCAGCCCAGCUCUAACGCACCUCACAAGUUAAAAAAUAAGAUAAAAAUGCUUUGGUCAAAAUGGAAGACCGUUUGGUUAUUUUUGUGUUAAUGCUGGGCUAGAACAAAACCUGCACACAGCAUUGGCCAUCUUGAUUUCUCUUGUAAUAUUUGCUCUUGGUAGAAUAACGUUGAAUAAAGUUAAUUGCAAGGUUAUGCACUAGAGAGCUCCAGUGUGUUAAACUUUUGAUUUAAUCUGCCAGAAACUUCUGGAGCGUGGCCAGGAGAGGGACCAGUUCCUGGCUGAGUUGAGGCAGAAGGAACCUGCACCGUCCCAGGUGCUGGAGCUCAGACAGACCAUCAAGGUGCUCCAGGAGAGACUGGACGAGUGGGAAGGUGAGAGGCUUUACCUCUUAAAGCAGCAAGCUGUGCUAAACAGUUUGGCAUGGCAAUGAGUUGGCCGAAGUACAAACUGUCAAACUGACCCCACUAAUCCUCUACUGGUUUUGUUCCCUCUGUAGGUGACCUCUCCAAGAGGAACAACAAUGAAGACAGCAUGGAAAAGGUCCCUCUCGUCAAGAAGACUGUGGUCAUCCUGAAGAAGGAGUUGUCUCAGAAGACUGAGGCUCUCAACAAGGCUCUGAAGAAGCAGAACGAGCUCCAGGUGAGAACAGUACAUACUGCAGCCUUGCAGGUAGCCUAGUGGUUAAGAGUAUUGGGCCAGUAACCGAAAGGUCGCUGAUUCGAAUCCCCGCAUGGCAGUUAACUCUCAACAACUGCUCCCCGGGAGCCGAUGAAGUGGACGUCGAUUAAGGCACCCCCUUAAAUGCGGAAGACACAUUUCGGUUGAAUGCAUUCAGUUGUGCAACUGACUAGGUAUCCCCUUUCCCAUUUACUCUGACUGAGGAGUAAGAAAGUUAAUCACUUUCACUUUCUUGAUUCUUUGUUGGUUUGUCAUUGUGUUAAAACAUUUUUCUUUGCUCUUGGUCAUAUAUAACCUCUGGGCACAUCUCAGAAUCAUAAAAUUAUUCUCCACAAGUCCAAAUCCUGACUAUUAGGUGGAUAAUCAAAAUGGACCGUAGGUCAAUGUCUUCAUUCCAUCCCAUUGUUCUCCUGUGUUCCAGAUGUCCCUGGCUGAUCUCCAGUUAGUGUUGUCUGAGCUGGAGGGGCGUAUCGAGGGCCAGGCGGCCAGCAUAGACUCCCUCACCACAACCCUGGAGACCAAGGACGAGAUUAUAAACGUGAGUGGAUGGCCAGUGGCCUCCUCACACUGCUACUAAUCUACACAGACACUCAUACACACAGGAGGUUACCUGGUGCCAUUUGGUUUCAUGGGUAGAUUGCACAGGGUUAAUCAACCUGGCUGACAUUGAACUGAUUUUGGCCAUCACCACCUUUGCUACUCUUGAGCGUGGCUCAGUUGAAACAAUCUACUGCAGUCAUUGUAAAUUACGAAAGGAAAUGAACACAUCUGAGCGAUACAUUCACUUCAAUACAUUUGUUUUUUUAAACCUUUCGAGGGCACUUUUUCAUUUGCUGUAACUAGUUUCCCUCAAAGUCUCUCUGCUGUGUGUGUGUGCUGACAGGACCUCCACCAGCGUCUGGGCCAAAGAGGGGACAGUCAGACCCGGGAGCCCCAGGACCAGGCUGCCGAAGCAUGGGUGGAGCGCUCGCUCCCUGGCCUCCCUCAGAGGGAGAGGACCAUCAUCGGGGGUGACAGCCAGCAAGAGGUAGCACCACGCAAAAGCAAGCCCUGCCUGAAACGUAUUUAUGAGCUGUAGUGUGCCAUCGAUCUUCAGAAAAAACAGCCAUGUCUGAAUGUACCAUAGUCGAGUGUUAAAUCAAAAAAUGAAUAAAGUCACAACCUUUUGUGAUGUCUGGUUUAAUUGUGUGAAAAUAAAGUUUUCAACAACAACACAAUAAAGUCACAAUUUGAAAAGGCUCACUUUUUCGUCUGCAUGUCAAAACUGUCAAGCAUGAGAAUAAACCCACCGUGACCUGGUUCCUGUUCACUAGGCACCAAAACUGACUGUCACAUGGCGGGGCUACCUGGACCUGUCCAAUAACGAUCACUCAUUUUCGUUUUCCGUUGCGAAACGUUUUAAACCAUCUCCAAUUGCAUGCACAAUGAAUAUGACCCUUGUACAGCUACUGAUUGAGUGGCAUCUGACCUUUGACCUGUGCCCCCCUCCCCCCUCCCUCCCUCCCCAGGUCCUGCCCUUGUUGGCUGACCUGCAGGUGGAGCACCGCUCUUUGAACCGAGCCCUGAGGGCUGAGCAGCAGCUCUACUCCAGCUUGGUUCGCACCGUUAAAGAACAGGACAGGUAUCGGGACGAUUAUCACAGAUUGGAUUUAUUCCACAUCAUAUUCUAUUGACAUGUAAUUGAAAUAGUCUUACCAAAGUCCUUUUUUAUACACUUUGGUUGGUGUGGCUUUCAAAAGGGUUUAUUUUUUUGUUGCAAUAGCCAGUAUCUCCAUAGAUAGAUAUUGUCUACUGGUACCCCGUGUAUACAGCCAAGUUAUCUUUACUCAUUGUGUAUUUAUUCCUCAUGUUAUUAUUUUUCCCCUCUGCAUUGUUGUGAAGGGCCCGUAAGCAAGCAUUUCACUGUUAGUCUACACCUGUUGUUUACAAAGCAUGUGACAAAUAAAAUGUGAUUUGUCUACUUACGUAUGUAUAUAUGUGGAAUAGUAAUGUAUACAUUGUGUUUUGUUUUGCAGUGCCCAGCGUCUUCACGCCCUCCAGAUGGAGCUGACGGCGGUGACGCUCCUCAGACAGCAGCUGGAAGAGGGAAUCCGGAGCAACGAGGAGCUCCGAGAAGACCUGGAAAGGGAGAUCGCCAGAGCCAAGCUCUCAAGAGCAGGUGCAGUAGUAGUACACAGAAGAGGAGGGGGAGACUAGAGAGGGGGGGAAGAAUGAAGGGAACUAGGAAGGGCACAGAAGGAGGGGGAGACUAGAGAGGGGGGGAAGAAUGAAGGGAACUAGGAAGGGCACAGAAGAGGAGGGGGAGACUAGAGAGGGGGGGAAGAAUGAAGGGAACUAGGAAGGGCACAGAAGGAGGGGGAGACUAGAGAGGGGGGGAAGAAUGAAGGGAACUAGGAAGGGCACAGAAGGAGGGGGAGACUAGAGAGGGAGGAGGGGUUCUGAUCCUUUGUUUCCUAAACUAGACAGCUGGCCGAAACUCAGCUGUGAAUGAACAAUGUAUAUAUUGAGUUGAGGAAGUAGAGACCCACUAUACUAUUUUAAAAUGUCCAAUACUAACAUUGAUUUAUGGUACUUUUAUAGGAAGUUAUGCAUGCUCUCUUAGAAAGAGGGAGAGGCGCACACACACACACACACACACACACACCCUAUCAACCAUGGUCAGUUUUGUUGCUGCAUGUUCUAACACUGCCUGGGGUUGCCAAGCCUGCUGUCCACCUGGUCAUUUUUAAUCUCUGUUUGCUCUCUUCUGUUCACUGUCAUCCUCCCCAUCUGCAUGUCUAAAACAAAACCGCAAUAGCCUACUUUCUUUCUUUGCCUCUGUUAAUGUCACCACUAGUACCUCCUAUAAACUCAUCCUCUCACCUGUAAAGUCAUUUCCUUUGUCCUGGUUAUGAGCUACUCUGCACAAUAAAACAUAAUGCAUGUUGUCUGUCUGUCCAUCUGUCUUUCUCACUCACAGCUUACCUUGACUCAUUUGCUUAUCUUCUACUUUUUAAUUUUGUUUUUGUUUAUCCAUUAAAAAGCCAUGUCUGUCUCGUUGCAUCACUUCACUCGCAUAUCACAUGAAAUCAUUGUCCCUUAUCCAAUGUCUGCUCUAUUAGGAACUUAGCAGUUAGAACACGCACACACUCUUAUCAAGCCAUCUGUAAGCUGAUUCAAUUACAGCUUUUAUGCCAUUACAAAAUCUACAGGGUUGGGGCAGUUACAGAGCAUACCUCUGUGGCUGCUUCCCUGUUCUCUACCCUUCUUCCAAAGUGUGCACUUGCUUGUGAAGUGUGCAUUCGCUUCAACCAUGUUACCCAAGUUGUUUACAAAACAUAAACCGGUCAAUAGAAUCCUACAUGCUGAACUGAAUUCAACGACCAAGAGCGAUGGAAUGUCACUGUUUAGUAGUGCAAUGCUUCAGUGGAUGCAGUGUUAGGACACAUACCAAGAUAUAACCUGGAUUGAUGAUGCCAGGUGCCUGUGAGAGUGUAGAACUCUGUAUACGUGUGGCAGCAGAACUUGUGUGUGCGUACACGUGUGACAGUCUGAACCUGAAGAUUUAUUAAUCUAUGGUGCAACCUGUGUGUGCGUGCACCCAUCUGCAUUCCAGUUCAUACCUUCCCUCCCCUAUAAAGAGAGCCAGCUAUAUAAAUAUAGGUAAGAUGCCCUGGGCUCAUAUUUAAUGCUGCUCAGUAGAGGGAGGGGGGGAACUGCUCCUUAUAGUGGCUUUAUAUUUAUACUGAACACAAAUAUAAACGCUACAUGCAACAAUUGUAUUGAUUUUACGCAGUUACAGUUCAUAUGAGGAAAUCAGUCAAUUGAAAUAAAUAAAUUAGGUCCUAAUCUAAGAAUUUCACAUGACUGGGAAUACAGAUAUGCAUCUGUUGGUCACAAAAAAUGGGCCUCACAAUGGGCCUCAGGAUCUCGUCACGGUAUUUUUGUGUAUUCAAAUUGCCAUCGAUAAAAUGCAAUUGUGUUCGUUGUCCGUAGCUUAUGCCUGCCCAUACCAUAACCCCACCGCCACCAUGGGGCACUCUGUUCACAGCAUUGAAAUCAGCAACCCCCCCCCCCCCCGUCCCCCCCGUCCCGUCCCGUUCCACACACACAACGCCCUACACGUGGUCUGCGGUUGUGAUGCCGGUUGGACGUACUGCCAAAUUCUCUAAAACGACGUUGGAUGUGGCUUAUGGUAAAGAAAUGAACAUUCACUUCUCUGGCAACAGCUCUGGUGACCAAUUGCACGCUCCCUCAACUUGAGACAUCUGUGGCCUUGUGUUGUGACAAAACUGCAUGGUUUAGAGUGGCCUUUUAUUGUCCCCAGCACAAAGUACACCUGUGUAAUGAUCAUGCUGUUUAAAUCAGCUUCUUGAUAUGCCACACCUGUCAGGUGGAUGGAUGAUCUUGGCAAAGGAGAAAUGCUCACUAACAGGGAUGUAAACACAUUUCUGGGAUCUUUUAUUUCAGCUCAUGAAACAUGGGACCAACACUUUACAUGUUGCGUUUAUAUUUUUGUUCAGUAUACAUGAUACAUUUUAUUUUGGCCAUUAUUUAUAUUUUAUAUCACAGCAUUGUUGAAUAAUCAUUUCUGAUUGGCUAGAAGGGCAUUCUAGAAUGGACAUUAAAACCAGAUAAUGGGACAGUUGGAAAAGAUAUCGGGACACCUUGCAAUCAUGACGCAAAAUGCACCUACAUAUGCAGACCAUACUUGCUACAAAGCUAAAUCAACAACCACACAAACUGAAAUUGGAUACAUUGUAAGAGUGACUUGUACAUACACUGAAUGUACAAAACAUUAAGAACACCUGCUCUUUCCAGGACAGACUGAACAGGUAAAUCUCAAUAUUGGGAAGGCGUUCCUAAUGUUUGGUAUACUCAGUGUAUAUCUAUCUAGGUAGUUGAAUUCAGUACAGCAUGUAGAAUGAUUUGAAUGAACCUGUGUAUAUUAUGUAUUGUAAAGAACAUGGGUGCCCUUGAAGCAUUAUUCCACUGACUCAUUCCUUAUGUAACUCUACAUGCAGUGACUCAAACCCCAGGCUUUUGAGUGUUGAUAUUUCUGUUCUAUGCAUAGUUCACCUGUGCAUGAGGUUUCUAUUAAUGCUCGAUUAUGUGAUCUUGAUUUUUUAUUUUUUUAAACUAAAUAUACACUUCCAAAUGUAACACAGGAACUGGAAAGGGCAGAAGUUAAUGUUUGUUGCUCCCAGAGGUGAUCUUAAGCUAAGUGUGGUGACCCAACAUACAAGAUGAACAGAAGGUUUACUAAAGAUCACAUUUUGGAGUAGCAAACAGUGAACAUGCAUUUUUCUUACUUUUCAAGUAUUUCCCCCCACCUUUCUGAGAGUACAUUCAGUAGGUAAUGCUUUAUUAAUCUGUCUUGGUCUCUCUUGAACUAGGAAUCGCCCAAAUCAUGGGUCGGUGGGUUGCAGCCAGUCACUCUUAGUUUACAGUUAGAUAAAGACUAGAUUAUGGUUAGAAAUGUGACUCUCUUUUAGGGGACCAAGAAAAUUCACAUGGCUUUAAGAUGGGACACAAUGCAAAAACAUCUGUGGUGUAUUCGUUAGCACACACCGUAGCAAAACGUUUCAAGAUGUUGUAAAGUCCAGGCAGUCCCUAGUCUUCCGUUUGGUGCCUAAACACCCUUAGCAGAGUUUGCCAACUACCGGAUGUAUCCGGUUUUCAUGGAUACAGCUAAUUCAACCUAGCUUCCUUUUCCACUAAAAACCGGAUGUGGGAACUCUGCUCAGGCGUUUUCUUUUACGCCUGCUACGUCAGGUUAGUGCCUAAAGAACACCCUGGUCCUCCGUCUGUCUCUAACCCACUCAUGUCUCUCUGCAGGCCGUGAGGGCCAGGGCGAGGGCCACGUUGACCCCAGGGAGCUGCAGAGUGUCAGGCAUCAGCUGGAGGACGCCCAGCGCUGGAACGCCUCCCUGCAGGCCCGCCUCGGAGCCAUCCAGAACCGCGGGGGAGGGGUGGGCGCCACCAACGACACUGGUGAGAACCAGGAUACUGUACUAUCGCAUCAUCACAAACCCUGACAAUGUCUCAGCACAUUGACAAGCACAGUAGAGCCGGGAUGGGCAACUCGAGGAGACACUUACAUUUUAGUCAUUUAGCAGACGCUCUUAUCCAGAGCGACUUACAGUUAGUGAGUGCAUACAUUUUCAUACUGCAGGGUCUCUUUAGAGUGCACAACCCUGGUUUCCUUGGUCUUAUUCAGUCACAGACUUAAAGGAGUGUUCCUUUAAAUAUUUGUGGAGCAUACCUGAAGUUAAAGUGCAGUCUGUAUGUUGCUAGUAAGUAACUCUCCUCUCCUCUGUUCCAGCUGACACCCUGGGUAGUUUCAUGGCCGACCAGACGUCCUACAUGAGUAUCUGUGUAGGAGAGGGGGAGGGCCUGGACCAUCUGUCUGUAGAGGAGCUCCGACAGAAGGUCAGCUUUCACUUCACUGCAUUAUCAUACUUCUUAUGUCAUAUUUAAUUCAUACAUGAUCAUACUUCAUAUGUUAUUUUAUUUAUACAUUAUCAUACCUUUUUUCCUGUAAAUAAUAUCGCUUUAUUCUGGCGUCGAGCCGAAGAGCUAAACUGGAGGGAAACACAUUUUAAAAAUAGUUUUUAUUGUUUCUAAGCAAUCCAAUGCUAGUGGUUAAUGCAGGGUGUACAUCACUACUGAUAAGUUGCUAACAUCAGUGUCUCUCCUGUAGGUGAUGGAGCUGCAGGACUAUGUCAGUAGACUGCAGGCUGUGAAUGGGGACCUGCAGAGGACGCUGUCUUUGGCCGAGGGCUCAGACCACAACCUAUCACAAAGCAGCUCUGGGAAAGAGGUAUGUCCAAUUUCAAAUCUUCUGUAGAUCAGAAAUGAUUGGAAAAGUGUAUUUAAUAUGAUUGAAAUUCUAUCUAAGCCUGUCAGAGAGGAAGGUUAAGUUAUUACUGUAUUGUUUAUAGCUGACAGAUCCGUGUAGAUCUAUAUGUAGGCUCUUGUGCUUAGUGCUAGAUGUCAAUUUGGAAUUCGGAGGUGCGUUCAGUUCGCUUGAAUGUUUGCUAUGUUGCGGAGCGGUUUGUACUGAACAACACAUUUCACCAAAACGUUCUUGUAUGUCCUUGAACAGACUUCGAGGUACAUUUGGUGGGUGUCUCGAGGUGUGGCUUGAUGCAAUGAGUGACCUAUUUAAAGGGCAUUGGCCACACUGACAGCGUUCCCCAACCCCUCCCCGUUUUUCAACUGGUAGUUCAGUACAGCACCGUUUCCGUUCAAUUGAACGUUAAAACGUACUGAAUGCAGCCCAGAAGUAGUACUUCCUGAUGCUCUGGGCAGGGCUUUAAAGUGCGGUAUGCCAAUAAAUAUUUUACACUGCGACCAUGAGUUUUAUUUUAGGAGCACUGUGCGACUAUGAAACAAAUCUCCCAGAUUAUAAUUGUUGUAAUGAUGAGGCUUCGCUGUACAGUUGUCUCCGAGUGCGUAAGAGAAACAAGCGAUUACAGAUUCAUUAGCGUCAUGGUUACACAAUUACUACAGCGAGAACGGCUGGCUUUUAGCCCAACCAGGUCAAGAGAUCUGACCCACAUUUUUAUCUUCCUAUAGUGGAUCGCUGGGACCACAUUUUACAUUCAUAAAGCAUUAUUAUUUUUUAUUUUUUUGUCAUUUAGCAGACGCUCUUAUCCAGAGCGACUUACAGGAGCAAUUAGGGUUAAGUGCCUUGCUCAAGGGCACAUCGACAGAUUUUUCACCUAGUCGGCUCGGGGAUUAGAACCAGCGACCUUUCGGUUACUGGCACAACGCUCUUAACCACUAAGCUACCUGCCGCCAUGUCCUGGGCCAUUCAAAAGCUAGUCGAGCCUCGUUACCAUUUGUUUACACUUUGUUCAAGCAUGUUACCCCUUUGCUAGCUAGCUAACAACCUGGUAACUUUACCAGUAUAUCCAAACAUUUGGGGGCACAGAAAGAAAGGGAAAGGGAUAGCUUCUUCAGGAGAUCAAUGAUCAUAGAAAUUAAUGAAUGACAGAUCUCUUGCAUAUCUUCAUCACAAACCUGACAUUUUUAAAGAGGCUGUUUAAAAUGUUCAAUGUAAUGCAUCUCAAUAGGAAAAUAGUGCUUUGUAGAAACGUAAUAUUCCACAAAUGACUGUAAUUUCAAUGACAGGUAUUCAUAUCAACAUUUUAGCUUUUAUAAUAAACAAAUGUAAUUACAGUGUUACAUAUUAGUUUCUAGGCCACAAUGGCUUUAAAAGGUAGCUAUAAUGUAUAUAGGCCGAAUUUAUAGGCUGUAUAUCAAUCAAUAAAAUCAAUAAAAAAUGCAGGUUCUCCUACGUUUCAUGUGGCACUCCUGACUUUUUAAAAAAAUAAUUGGGAGCACCAGUGCUACCAAUGAAACAUUUUAAUUUAGAGUCCUGGGCACAGCUUCAUCCUAAUCCUCCCCCCCUGACCUCUUACUGACCUUUUCACCCUGAACCCUCACUGAUGUAUGUUAGUUUGUUCUGUCUCCUUACUAAACACUUUUGCAGUACUGUGUCCUAUAUCUGUUUUUCCUCUUAACUAAUGCAUUAUGUCUCUGUAGUAUACAGCAUUUACCAUUUCUUUCCACCCCUCCUAACUCAGUCCUUGUUCUUUCUUAUGUGUCCCAUGAAACAGUCUUUUCUUACCCCAUGCCACAUUAGACACGUCGCUGUCACGCCAUUCUGCCUUUGCUGUGGUGCCAUGUUGUCUUAUGGAUUCUGUUCCCUCAUUGCAUUUUUUCCGUUACAAAGCCAUGUGUCACAUACGCCUCCCAUUCCAUUACUAUAGCAGGAUCUAGAGAGGAGACAGGAGAAAAGGUCACUGCACAGUGACAGAGGCCACAGUGACUCUGGCCAGGACAAAGGGAGCCAGACGGACAGCGGCCUUGGACAGGUAAGCAGGGGUGAUGAGGAUAAAAGAUGGGUGAUGAGGAAAAUAAAUGUUUAGUUGUUUUAUGCAUCUUAAAGAACCACAGCAAUUUUGACACGAGAAAGUAUUAAUUGAGCAUUAUGUACCAUACCACGUAUAGUACUUCUCAUACAUUCUGACAAAUUCCCUUUUCAGGUGGUAGAUGGAAGGCUGAAUGACGGCCACCAAUCUGAUGAUGUGACUGUGCGCAGUACCCUGGCCCAGAUUCAGAGAGGGAUAUGGCAUCCCUGGUCUUCCAAAGCCACCAGUGAGAGCCAGUCACAGAGCAGCCAACAGGGAGAGGUGGAGAGGGACCGAGACUGGGAGCAGCUUAGGUCUCUCCUGUCCGACUGUGGGGCAUUAUCAGUCACCCACCUCAGGUGAGUCACCUUCAUCCUCUAUCUAAUUCAGACUGGACUGUCUUAGGCUUUAUGUACUGUGUUUAGCUUUAUUUGAACUGACAUGGAAAGUUGAUUCAGCCACGCGUAUUGUGAUUGCUCUACUCAUUUGUCCAGUUUACAUACUAAUGAAGGUUAUUCAAUUGAAUGUCCUGCGUUUUAGGUGGGGUGGUUACUUUUUCAUAAGGAGGAGGAAAGCGAUUGUGCUUUUCCACUAAUAAUUCUGUGUGUUUUUUUAGGGAGGAGCUCCAGAGGUUGCGGUCCGAGAACGUGGACCUGAGAGGUCAAUUAAAGGAGGAGAAAUCCACUGAGUCCAAGGAGAGCGCCGACACCUCGGGCGACAGCGGCGACGGACAGGGCGACCUCCGCAAGACAGUGGAGAGGCUGAGGUCAGAGGCCAAAGGUCACCGCGAGAUCAUCCAGCUGCUGAAGGAGCAGCUGGAGAGGACUGAAGUGGUGGUGGACGUAGAGACCCGGUCGGAUAGUCAGUCGGACAUGAUGGUCACGAUGACCCGGGAGAUGGAGAAGCUGCGUUUGGAGCAGGAGGGAGGAGCGCAUGGUAGAGAGAAAGUGCUUGAAGGAGAAGAGCGAGGGAAAGCACAGGGAGAUGGUCAUGCCACACAGGGGAAUAGCCACACACAGCCUUCCAAGGGACACUCAUAUCGCAUUGCAAGACAUGGGGUAAGUACUGUCAUUGAAAUAGUAAAGAGGAGACUUGCACACAUGUAAUAUUCAUGCUCUGCUGUUUGUUUCUGUAUUGCAGGCUGGUGUCAAAUCUCGUCUGCCCGUUCCCAUGCGACACAACAAAACGGACGCCGCUGGCAGCACGGAGUCGGUAAACCAGGCCUCAGACGAGGUUUCUGAUCAUCUGAGAGGAGAUGUACUACAUCAACUAGGCCUGGAACACCACCAUGACCAGCAAACCUCAGACUCCGACUCCCACAGGUCUCCUAGAGCAGUCCAGUACUGCAGGCCAGGCUCUAACCGCAGCACCACUACGGGGACCAUCAGACAGGGCCUGGAGACGGAGUUCCUCCGAGCUCAGGCCCCCACCGACGCCGAACUCCUGUCCCAGUUGGAGCUCCUCCACCAGGAGUGCCAGGACAAGGAGCAGCUGAUAGACCGUCUGGAGGUGCAGAUGGCCGAGUGGGACGAACUUCAGGCCCAGCUCCGGGAGAAGGACCGGCUCAUCCGUCAUUAUGUGGAAGCACUGCAGGCCGCCGAGUCCACCAUCACUUAUCUUACAGCCUGCAACCUGGACAGUAACAGCCAGGGUGGAGUAUUAGGCUCUGGGUCCCCUGGUUCAGAGUUCAAACUCCAGAGACAGUGCAUUGAGCUCCAGAAUUCCCUUGAGGAGAAAGAGAGACUCAACACCCAGCUGGUGGAGUGUCUCAACAUGGUCGAGGCAGCCAUCGCCUCGCUCCGUGCCACGUCGUCAUCCACCAACGCCCUGGACGGUCAUUUGGACCCUCAGGAGCUGUGCACGAGGCUGGAGGCGGCCCUACGGCAGGUCAGCGCCUCUCUUGACCCUCUGGUCCUGAAAACCUCGGCACCAGGGCCUUCUGGUGACCCCCUGGGCCUCGACGCGGAGCUGCAGCGGCAAGCGGACUCCCUGCAGGAGGUGCUGUGGGAGCAGAGCCGGCUGAACGUCGAGCUGCAGGAGAGGCUGAGGGCAGCUGAGGAAGCUGUCGCAGCGCAGCAGGGCACUGCCAACACUGCCCCCGCAGGCCUGGGGGGCAAUUACGGCAGGCAGCUAGAAGAAGAUCUGAAUGAGUUUCCGAGAGGGAAUGAAACAAAGGGACAGAGAGGUUGGGGAGAACAUCAUGGAAGAAGCAAGAUGGCGUCCGAUGAGAAGAGCAGCCUAGGAUCUGAGCAGGUUGCCAAACGUCUCUCCGAGUGUCUCAGAGCAGCCGAGUUGGCCAUAGCCUCACUCACAGCUCACUGUACUAACACGAGCACUAGCACCUCUACUACGACCAGAGCAGCUCAAACCAGCUCUGACUUACAACAGCAGCUAGACAGACUACAGAGAGCUCUACAGGAGAGAGAAGCACUGGUCGACCUGGGCUCCACCGAACCCACCCACCAACAGACCACCACCAGUACCACCAACCGACACACCACUCCUGGGGCUGUAACCCCCUCUUCCCUAGAGCUCCACCAUAACAUCUGCCUCCUCCAGAAGGCCUUCUACGACCUGCAGGAGGGGAGGGGAUGCAGGGAGAGGGAAUCCCAGACAAUGGAGCCUGGAGCUUGGGUACCACCACGAGAUGUCCAGGCCCAGCUGGAGAGCCUUCAGAAGGCUUUGAAGGAGAGGAAGAGGGCCUGUAAGAGCCUGGAGGAGAAGCUGGCCACGGCUCAGUCCAUCAUAGCCCUGCAGAACUCCUCCAAGAAGACCAGUCAUGUAGCAACACAGAGAGGUAAGGGAACAAUAGCUGAGGUGAAAUUGUUGAUAAGAUUCAUACAUACAUUUUAAAAUUACAUUCCUUCCUACUAUUUCUUAUAUGGCCUUUCGAGCCGGAUCUGUUGGCCACUUUGUUUUUCAAGAUUAAUUUAAUGCACAGAUCUGCAUGUAGACAGAACAACAACACUGUAUUUUCUUUACAAAGACAAACGUCAGGAAUUUGGAAUCAGCUUUUUAUUAGAAAAUGUUUGUCUUGACAUACGUUCUUAGAGGAAUGUGUGCAACCUGCACUUUGCUGAGCUGUAUUUUUAUAAAUGUGCAUAGACCUCUAUUGCAAGAAGUGCAUGUACUGGUGUGUCGAGCAUGACAGCCAAGCCUUUCGGUUACUGUUUUUGAAGCACUAAAGGGAGCUUCGCAUAGCAUGACAAUGAAUGACAGUGACUGGCUCUGUGUAGAAUUAAACAACUGCCUGUGUCAUUCAAUUGUUACAUCAAAUGACAACGUUUGACGACGUUGAAACGACACAAUCCAAAUGCAAUGAUGACAUCACGUCACCAGCAUCUGAUCAAGCCUAAAGAGAGAGAGAACCUGAUCCUUCUCUUGUUAACCCCCGCCUGCCUGCGUGUUGCCUCUAGCGCCCACUCUGGAGCAGGAAGACAAGGGCGUGCAGGUGGACCUUCAAGACCUGGGUUACGAAACCAGUGGCAAGAGUGAGGCCGAGGUGGAUAGGGAGGAGGGCAGUAGCACAGGUAGACGACAACGUCUAGACGGAGCAUGUCUGUCUGUCUGCCAAGUGGACACUAAUAAUCACAGUGGUAGAGUGCCGUCUGCUGCAUGAGGAAUGAUAAAUGAAAACACUGGGCUGUAACACUGUUUGAUAAUAACACCACUUUGCUUUUCUGGUCUGAUAAUCACACAUCGUCCGGGUGCGUCUCAAUAGUCUAAAGUGGCUUCCUCUCCUCUCCUUCAUCUGCUCUGACAUAAAAAUAACUGGACAGGUGAAAGCAACUCCCGGACGUCCGCCAUUUUGUUUUCCUCUAGCCUGUGUUUUCAGGUCAGUGCAGAUAGAGGUGAGGAGAAAAGGAGACAAGGAGAGGAAGCGACUUUAGACUAUUGAGACUCAGCCCUAAAAUCUGCAUGGGGAAUGAACACUGAACAUUGUGAUGAUAACCCCACUGUGUGUUGUAUGGGUCUGAUAGUCACACACCUUCUCCUAUCUGGUUUAACCAGGGCACUGACUUGUACAGCACACCCCUGUCUCUUCCUGUCUGUCUCUGCCUGUGUCUCUCCUGCAUGUGUGCACUCUGGUUGUUGUACUCUGCAAUGGCUUGCUCUAUGGGACACUAUAACACCUCCUCAUUUGACCAUGGUCAACUGUAAAACAUUGGCACAAAACCUAUCCUCUCUCCUUUCACAUUGUAUCAUCUUCGUCAGACUUGCUUAUUAUAGAUAUAUACUGUAGACCCCUGUUUGAUCAUUUUCUGUGUGUGUGGUUGGUGAUGAUCCCUCCAGACAUGCAGCUUGUCCCUGGCAGUGCUAACAGCAGCCUGCCCUGCCUGCUGAAGCAGGACCAGGAGGAGCCCUCGUUCUCCUCCACAGAGAACCUAGACACGGCCUCCAGUGCCUCCUACCCCAGCUCCCCCACUCUCAGCUCCCCCAAGGUACUGCCGCUCUACAGUGCCUUGCAUAUGUAUUCAUCCCCCUUGGCGUUUUUUCCUAUUUUGUUGAAUUACAACCUGUAAUUUAAAUUGAUUUUAUUUUGGAUUUCAUGUAAUGGACAUGCACAAAAUUAGUCCAAAUUGGUGGAGUGAAAAAAUAACUUGUUUCAAAAAAUAAAAAAACGGAAAAGUGGUGCGUGUAUAUGUAUUCACCCCCUUUGCUAUGAAGCCCCUAAAUAAGAUCUGGUGCAACCAAUUACCUUCAGAAGUCACAUAAUUAGUUAGAUUGCACACAGGUGGACUUUAUUUAAGUAUCACAUGAUCUGUCACAUGAUCUCAGUAUAUAUACAUCUGUUCUGAAAGGCCCCAGAGUCUACAACCACUAAGCAAGGGGCACCACCAAGCAAGCGGCACCAUGAAGACCAAAGAGCUCUCCAAACAGGUCAGGGACAAAGUUGUGGGGAAGUACAGAUCAGGGUUGGGUUAUAAAAACAUCCCACGGAGCACCAUUAAAUCCAUUAUUAAAAAUGGAAAGAAUAUGGCACCACAACAAACCUGCCAAGAGAGGGCCGCCCACCAAAACUCAUGGAUCAGGCAAGGAGGGCAUUAAUCAGAGGCAACAAAGAGACCAAAGAUAACCCUGAAGGAGCUGAAAAGCUCCAAAGCGGAGAUUGGAGUAUCUGUCCAUAGGACCACUUUAAGCCUUAUGCUCCACAGAGCUGGGCUUUACGGAAGAGUGGCCAGAAAAAAGCCAUUGCUUAAAGAAAAAAAUAAGCAAACACGUUUGGUGUUCUCCAAAAGGCAUGUGGGAGACUCCCCAAUCAUAUGGAAGAAGGUACUCUGGUCAGAUGAGACUAAAAUUUAGCUUUUUGGCCAUCAAGGAAAACGCUAUGUCUGGGCGCAAACCCAACACCUCUCAUCACCCCGAGAACACCAUCCCCACAGUGAAGCAUGGUGGUGGCAGCAUCAUGCUGUGGGGAUGUUUUUCAUCGGCAGGGACUGGGAAGCUGGUCAGAAUUGAUGGAAUGAUGGAUGGCGCUAAAUACAGGGAAAUUAUUGAGGGAAAUCUAUUUCAGUCUUCCAGAGAUUUGAGACUGGGACGGCGGUUCACCUUCCAGCAGGACAAUGAUCCUAAGCAUACUGCUAAAGCAACACUUGAGUGGUUUAAGGGGAAACAUUUAAAUGUUUUGGAAUGGCCUAGUCAAAGCCCAGACCUCUAUCCAAUUGAGAAUCGGUGGUAUGACUUAAAGAUUGCUGUACACCAGCGGAACCCAUCCAACUUCAAGUAGUUGGAGAAGUUUUGCCUUGAAGAAUGGGCAGAAAUCCCAGUGGCUAGAUGUGCCAAGCUUAUAGAGACAUACCCCAAGAGACGUACAGCUGUAAUUGCUGCAAAAGGUGGCUCUACAAAGUAUUGACUUUGGGGGGGUGAAUAGUUACGCACGCUCAAGUUUUCUUUUUUUUUUGUCUUAUUUCUUGUUUGUUUCACAAUAGCAAAUAUUUUGUAUCUUCAAAGUGGUAGGCAUGUUGUGUAAAUCAAAUUAUACAAACCCCCCAAAAAUUCCAGGUUGUAAGGCAACAAAAUAGGAAAAAUGCCAAGGGGCAUUGUAUUUACUGCCACUGUAUUUACUGCUUUUCACAUUUUUAUUGGACAUUGUCUUCGUCCUGUGUUUGGUUUGAUUGUAUUGUCUUGGCUGUAUUGACAUCCAUCUCUCUUAAUCCCUCGCCUUUGCGCGCUUUCUCUUUCUCUCUCUCUCUUUUUUAUCCUCCCUCACUUUCGUGCUUUCUUGUUCUAUCUCUCUUUCUCCUCACCAUCCCCCGUCUCUCACUAGGUGAGUCUGAAGAGCCUCCAGACAUUUGACUCCUACGGUUUGUCUGAAGACCCAGCCCAGCUCAAGACCCAGGUGAGGGAGCUGAAGACCCAGCUAGAGAGCCAACACCAGGUCAUCCUCCACCUGCAGACCAUGCUACGCCGCCGCGCCUCCUUGUCCAGCGAACUGUUGACCGCCACGUCUGACUCCCACACUGCCACAGGAGGUCACACGGGCUCCGAGAGGGGCGAGGAGGAUGGGAAGGAGGAGAGGAGCCUGGAGGGAGAGGGGGAGGCUACGAAGGAGAAGAUGAAGAGUAUGAGCAUGGAGCUGGAGAGGGAGAGGAGCGUGAACAGGAGUAUGAGCGAGCAGCUGCUGCAGGCCCAGCAGCGGAGUCGAUCAGCCUCACCUGCCAGGUUGCUACUCAGUAGUUGUUUCUUAACUUUCUUCAUUAUAAAGUACUAUGGAUGUUUUUUUGACAUGGUAAAAGUUGAACUCUGAAUGGCUGUUCAGUUACUAUUUCAUUGUAUUAUUAUGGACCAAAAUGUAAUGUUUGUUUACAAUUUAAUGUGUAUAAUGUUUUAUUUAACCUUUAUUUAACCAGGCUAGUUUCGUUGAGAUUAAAAUCUAUUUUUCAAGAGAGACCUGGGGUCUAAUUUGUGAGGGACACUCUCUGAAGAGUAUUCGUUUUAGAAUAUUCCGGAAAAUCUGUAGGUAAUCUAGCUAUUAUCAUCACCACUAAACCUCUGUUUGGUUAAAAAGUAUUUUUUAAAUGAUCUCCUCUGUCCCCUAUAGGAUCGACUCCCUGGUGCAGUCGCAGGCGAGGGAGCUGUCCCAGCUGCGUCGUCAGAUCCAGGAGAGCCGGGGCCUGGGGGCGCUGCAUCGGCUGCAGCUGGAGGAGCUGUCGCAGGCCUUCGAGGAGCUGCUACAGGCCAGCGACAUGGACUACUACGUGGGAGAGGUGUUCCGAGAGCAGCUGGACAAGAGCCUGGGCGUCCUGGAGAGGCUGGAGGGCCGGCUGGAGAAAGGUAAACACAACAGACAUUGUAUGUAGACAUUGAUGAUAGUAAUAGUUAUAUUUACAUUUUAGUCAUUUAGCAGAUGCUCUUAUCCAGAGCGACGUACAGUUAGUGAGUGCAUACAUUUUUCAUAGUUGACAUUUGAUGAUAGUAAUAGUUGACAUUGAUGAUAGUAAUAGUUGACUUUGAUGAUAGUAAUGGUUGACAUUUGAUGAUAGGGCUAUUUUAAAAGCAGCUAUACAGUAUAACAGUAAUCCUUCUACCCCCCCACCCCCCCAUUAAAAAAAAGAGUGGUUGUCCCACUGGCUAUCCUAAAUUGAAUGCACCAAUUUGUAAGUCGCUCUGUAUAAGAGCGUCUGCUAAAUGACUUAAAUGUUAAAUGUAUACAAACAUGUGCUAAGGACUCUUAAAGAGCCCAAGGCCUCUAAAGAAUGGAGUCUAUUGAGACUGUUCUGAGACGCACCAUUCACCAACCUAUUCUGAAAUUGUAUAUACUUUCAUAACUUACUCACUGAUGUAGAGAUGUGAUGUUGGAUUGCUAACAUCUGUGAGGGCCUCAUUUUCCUAAAAUGAAAGAUAAAAGUUGAGCGCUUUUGUAGUGCAAUACACGGUCUUGCCAAAACACACAUCAUCAUCCAAUACCAGGUGCCCCACACAGUUAGGCCUCUCCAUCUGAAGCUAGUGUUUCUCUUGGCAAGCAUGAGAAUACAGGCUGUCUAAAAUGUCGUCAAGUGUAAGGUAUUUACUGGCUUUUGAAUAGCAGCUGUGUUAAUUACAUAAACAAAGCUAUUUUAAAGGGGCAAUCUGCAGUUGCUACAUAAUUUUAAAAAAUCAUAUGUACCCAUUGAUUGUUGAAGAAUAAAACUUAUAAAUGGCUCAUGAGCUUAGUUCAACUGUUGUACCCCAUCAGAACCCAAAAUAUAAGCUUGUUUGACUCCAAUGUUUGUAAACAAACACUAUUUAGCUAAAACUAUCAUUUAGAUAUCAUAGGACGAGUUUAAGGAUGUGUGAUCACCAUAAGGACACAAAACAUGGUCUACCUGAAGAGGUUAUGAGAGAAAAGAGGGGUCUGAAAUAGAAUGACAGAUAGAAGAAGAGGGUAAGGGGAAAAAAUAAAAGCAAGAGAGAGCAGUGAGGUGUGAUAGAUUGAAAGAGACGGGCCUUUCACCAUCCCCCUCUCUCCCUGUCUCUAGGAGACGCUCAACUGGAUAACGAGGCCGGGGCAGCACUGGAGCUGGCGCAAAGGUGUGUGUGUCUCCCUCCUGUACCACACACACACACACACACCCUCCAUCACUAAUGGCGAGACCCUUUCUCCCCUCAGGCUUUUUCUGUGAGAUGUAUGUUUUCCGGCCAAACAAGUUCUAUUGGCCUGAUUUAGACAGCCCUGACGGUCACUGGCCUGUUUCUUCUACCUCAGCUGCUUAAAACUUUCACGGACAUCCAUAGGCUUACAGCUGUCUUACUCAACAUUGUGUGGUUGUAUCAACGUUGUGUCAACAUUAGAGGAAUAUUGUCUCUUAACAUUAUUUAUGGACAGCCACACCGUGCUCCAUCAGGAGUUGCAGUACCUGCGCUCCCAGCUAGAGGGCGAAAGUGACAUUGAGCCACAGCAGCCAGACAGCCCCGCCACUACCAGGCUGCAGCAGGAGAUUGAGUACCUGCGGCUGCAGCUAGAGGGCGAGAGAGAGCUGCUGCAGCAGCAGGUCUGCUUCCUGGUCCAACAGAACCAGAGUUUGGCCGAGUGCGCCAGGGAGCAGCUAGAUUUGUGAGUGGCCGGUCACCAAGAGGGAUUCUGCGAGGUUGGAAGCAUGAGUUUGCUGUGAACUCUUCUCGACUUAUGACUCUUUCAACAUGUCUUCCUUCAGCUGGUCAUUUCUUCCAGAAUGUUUCGAGACCUGUCAAAAUAGACCCUUUCAAGAUAGUAGGUGUUUCCCUCUUGGUGUUUUGGGUCCUCUGUGUGGUUUUCUGUUCUUAUAGCUGUUCUCUCGACAGACAUCUACAGUCAUGUGAAAGAAACACUGUGGUUUUUAAAUGUUUUCCCACUAUUUAGGACUUUGUCUCGGACUACUUCAGACUGUGUGGAAGCGGCCUCCCCCCGUGGCCUUAUAAUCUGUUCUAACUCUCCCUUUCUCCCCUCUCCCCGCUCUGCCUCCCUCUCUCCCCGCUCUCUCUCUCUUAUCUCCUCUCCUCUCCCAGGCUGUCUAAAGAGUUACAGGAGAAGACCCGUCUGGUGCAGAGUCUACAGAUUCAGCUGCGAGGCCAAACUCCUAGCAGCCACCACAGCUCAGACUCGGACCUGUCGGAAAUGGUCUCUAACCAGGCCACGGCCUCCUACCACAACAGCCCCACCCUGCCAGCCUGCAGCAAACUCCAUGGCAACCAGUCCUAUCAUGGUAAGAGAUCAUCAAGCUGCUAGUUAUGACAUGCUGAACAGACAAAAUAACUUUAUGCUGUUGUAUUAUGCCACGUGUAGCUGAAAACCCAGACAGUUUUCAGUUCGUCAUCAAGGUUGUAUGAAAUGGACAAUGUCAAGAGUUGUCAGUUGUUCAGAAUGAGCUCAGCCGAUGUCCCCAGACUAGCUAUCGGUGCAGGGAAGCAGAGAAAGGUCCAUAAAUAAUAUGCCAUUUAGCAGACGCUUUUAUCCAAAGCGACUUACAGUCAUGCAUGCAUAAUUUUUUUUGUGUAUGGGUGGUCCCGGGGAUCGAACCCACUACCUUGGCGUUACAAGCGCCGUGCUCUACCAGCUGAGCUACAGAGGACCACAUGCUAAAGAGAAGCCACCCUUUGAAUGUCACCCAGGUCCGGUCACUGUCCCCGAGUUUCUCCUUAUUCCUGUCUAGGUUUUUGCCAGGGUCGUGUUCAUUACACAACGGGAAACGAAAAUUAGCACUACUUUUUGGACCAAGUCCAACUAGUCCCUCCCUGUUUUAGAUAGUUUUCUUCCAUUCGGUGCCUAAUGAAUACGAACCAGGUUUGGUAUGUGAGUAGUGCAGAGGUAAGCUAUUCUGGGCUGGUGCCGGAUUAACUUUUAGCUCUCCAUUAAAUAUGGAUAUUUUUCCCCUCUGGCGGCCCAGCCGGGCCCGUGGCGUUGAGAUUGCCUUUGAAUCAGUCUAAAGGCACUGGUAAUGGUACUUCUUUUCCACUCAGGCCCAUUGUGGACCAGUCAGGCGUCUCGAAAGGACAAAGAGGGCCGGCCAAGGGCAGUACGGGUGUCCGGUUACACCCGUUACUGUCCCCCCCCCCCCCUCCUCUCUCUCCAUCCCCACCUCUCCAUCCCUGCCCCUCUCUCUCUCUCUCUCUCUCUCUCUCUCUCUCUCUCUCUCUCUCUCUCUCUCUCUCUCUCUCUCUCUCUCUCUCUCUCCACUUAAAACUGCAUUAUUUAGUAGUAGCACCUAUCUGGUUUAAUCUUCAAAUUGUGUUUCGCUUUGAGUGUGGACAAUGAGGGCUAUUACGGAGAUAGAUUAUGUGUUGUGGGAGGAAAAGUGAGAGAGGAGAGGAGGGCUACUGAAGAAGAACUCAUUUAGCUUAGUCCUGCGGCACUGCGGAUGCUAGCGUGUUGCAGUUUUUUUACUCAUAGGGCUCCUGAGUGUUGGGCGAAGUGUCAAUAGGCUAGGCUAACUUAGCGGAGGCUCAUUUGGUGACAGUAGUUUGUUGUGCAUGGAGACUAAGCUAACGGGGACCAUUCUGUAGUAUUAGUUUGAGGGGGCUAGGCUAGGCUAACCAUCAGAGCUGUCAUUCAGCCAGACAGUGUAGCUAGCAAGGCUAACCAUCAGAGCUGUCAUUCAGCCAGUCAGUGUAGCUAGCAAGGCUAACCAUCAGAGCUGUCAUUCAGCCAGACAGUGUAGCUAGCAAGGCUAACCAUCAGCGCUGUCAUUCAGCCAGACAGUGUAGCUAGCAAGGCUAACCAUCAGAGCUGUCAUUCAGCCAGUCAGUGUAGCUAGCUAGGCUAACCAUCACAGCUGUCAUUCAGCCAGUCAGUGUAGCUAGCAAGGCUAACCAUCACAGCUGUCAUUCAGCCAGUCAGUGUAGCUAGCUAGGCUAACCAUCACAGCUGUCAUUCAGCCAGUCAGUGUAGCUAGCUAGGCUAACCAUCACAGCUGUCAUUCAGCCAGUCAGUGUAGCUAGCUAGGCUAACCAUCACAGCUGUCAUUCAGCCAGUCAGUGUAGCUAGCUAGGCUAACCAUCACAGCUGUCAUUCAGCCAGUCAGUGUAGCUAGCAAGGCUAACCAUCACAGCUGUCAUUCAGCCAGACAGUGUAGCUAGCAAGGCUAACCAUCACAGCUGUCAUUCAGCCAGUCAGUGUAGCUAGCAAGGCUAACCAUCACAGCUGUCAUUCAGCCAGUCAGUGUAGUUAGCAAGGCUAACUCUGACACCAUGGAUGUAAAGGAGGGGAAAGUGGAACCAAAUGACAUCAUUCGAGGACGGUGGAAAAUGGCACUUGAAGCUACCAAAGAUGAAUGCAUGGGUAGAUGGAGAUAUUGUGUGGACUGACAUUAGACUUUUUCUCUCUAGGAUUUUGUUUGAGUAAUGUUUAGGCUAUGUCGCACAAAGAAAAAUGUUGUUCAUAACUAAAAUAACUUCUUCAGAUUUCCUCUAAUCCUAUACUUCGUCCAUCCAGGAAUGAAAAAGUCAAACAGGGGCUCAACGUCGGCUCCAGAGUCUGCAGCCCAGCAGACUGGGGGCAUGGCUAAGGAUGGGGGUGUGUCUGGCCAUGGGGGAGUGUCUGGACGUAAAGGGAGUGCCGGGCAGCUCCAGGGCCUGCAGAGGGAGAAUGGGCACCUGGUGGAGCAGCUGAGGAGCAGCGAGGAGCUUAACGCCACGCUGCGCCGCGAGCUGGACCUCCACCGCUCUAUCCUGGUCCAGGAGAGCUCCACGCCACUACACACCCAGGGAGAGGGGCUGGGGCAGAGCCAGGGACAGGCUGGGCGGUCACCACAGAACAGGGAGGACAAGAGGGGAGAGGGACACCCAGCCUCACAGCAGGACACUGCCCAGCUACGCAGCAUGAACCCAGGUACAGAGCCGGGAGGGGGUGGUGAUCGUCACGUCUGUAUGGUGAUUAUGGGCCUGUAGUUGUGUCUAAUGGUAUGUUCAUUGGAUCUGUAUGCGUUAGUGACACACAAGGAUAGAAAAAUGUGUGUGUGUGUGUGUGUGUGUAUUUUGACUGACAUUGUUGUCAGGCCUGUUAGCAGAGCAUCUGUUGGAGAUCAGAGCCCUGAGACAGCGUCUGGAGGAGACCAUCUACAACAACGACCGGCUACGAGAACAGCUGGAGAGGAGACUGGGCGAGGUGGAGAGAGACCCAGGUACACACACACCUACCUCGCUCUCUCCCACUGUUCUUCCAUCUACUGUAUGUCUCUUCCACUCUCUCUCUCUGUUUACAUUUGCAUAGAGUCACACUAACUGGCUGAGGUGGAUACUCACACAGAGCAUAUUGUGUUUGACUUCCUCCUCAAUGAUGAACUGACUGUAUGUAAUGUACUGUGUGUUAUUCAGCAGCCACCAACAUCUUCAUCCACGGUACGGAGGAACAGGGCCAGCUGACCAGCGAGCUGCGCUUCCUCUGGGGACAGAACCAGGCCCUGAAGGAGCAGCUCAACCUGGGCUCCAGAGGUACCACUAACGAGUAUCCGCUUUCCCCACAUACUAGUGUGUUUGUGAUUCCUGAAUGGAUGGAUCCCACAACCUUGGCAUUGCUAGCCUCAUGCUCUUACCAACUGAGCCACAAAAUGUCCCCAAUAUAGCAGAGGGAGAAUAAUAGCCCAUUUUGUUGUCUAUCCUAUUAAUAUUAUAUCUAAUUUAAAUAUUAUAAUGAUCACUCCAGACAAGCAGAAGGAGAAUGAGAAGCUGCGUGAGGCGCUGGCCAGACGGACGGCCAAGCUGGAGCAGAGCAGGAAGGAGUGUGAGGUCCUGAGACAGGAACACACAUGUCUUCAGGACCGCCUGGACAGGAGCAGUGUAGAACACACACACCUCCAGGACACACUGCACUACAGCCGCCAGGAGAUCCACAGGUAAUAUACACACACACCUCCAGGACACACUGCACUACAGCCGCCAGGAGAUCCACAGGUAAUAUACACACACACCUCCAGGACACACUGCACUACAGCCGCCAGGAGAUCCACAGGUAAUAUACACACACACCUCCAGGACACACUGCACUACAGCCGCCAGGAGAUCCACAGGUAAUAUACACACACACCUCCAGGACACACUGCACUACAGCCGCCAGGAGAUCCACAGGUAAUAUACACACACACCUCCAGGACACACUGCACUACAGCCGCCAGGAGAUCCACAGGUAAUAUACACACACACCUCCAGGACACACUGCACUACAGCCGCCAGGAGAUCCACAGGUAAUAUACACACACACCUCCAGGACACACUGCACUAAACACACACACACACAAACCCAGGGAGGAAAGGGAGAGGAGAGAUGAUACUGCUGUGGAGAACUAGACACCUUGUAUUGGGUGUCAUCCUCACUCAACUGUGUCACUGGGAGACCAAGGUCAUGGGUCAUGUAAGGGAUUCCACAUUAGUGUGUUUGUGUGUGUGUUCUCCGGUUGCAGAGUGUAAUGGUGUUGUCAGUAAUGAUGAUGUGUAAUGUGGUGGUUAUGGUAAUGAUGAACGUACAAUGUCAUGCAAUUGGUUCAUUUGUGUAGUUUCAAGUUGCAUGGCAAGAUUGAGGUGCUGAUUUUGUCAGUAUAUACUGUGACUGGUCUCUGUCUCUGCUGUAAUGUGAUGUGAUGUGUUAGUCACUAAUGCAGUGUAGAUGUGAUGUGUUACAGUCACUAAUGCAGUGUAGAUGUGAUGUGUUAGUCACUAAUGCAGUGUAGAUGUGAUGUGUUAGUCACUAAUGCAGUGUAGAUGUGAUGUGUUAGUCACUAAUGCAGUGUAGAUGUGAUGUGUUAGUCACUAAUGCAGUGUAUAUGUGAUGUCUUACAGUCACUAAUGCAGUGUAUAUGUGAUGUGUUACAGUCACUAAUGCAGUGUAGAUGUGAUGUGUUAGUCACUAAUGCAGUGUAGAUGUGAUGUCUUACAGUCACUAAUGCAGUGUAGAUGUGAUGUGUUAGUCACUAAUGCAGUGUAGAUGUGAUGUGUUAGUCACUAAUGCAGUGUAGAUGUGAUGUGUUAGUCACUAAUGCAGUGUAGAUGUGAUGUGUUAGUCACUAAUGCAGUGUAGAUGUGAUGUGUUAGUCACUAAUGCAGUGUAGAUGUGAUGUGUUAGUCACUAAUGCAGUGUAGAUGUGAUGUGUUACAGUCACUAAUGCAGUGUAUAUGUGAUGUGUUACAGUCACUAAUGCAGUGUAUAUGUGAUGUCUUACAGUCACUAAUGCAGUGUAGAUGUGAUGUCUUACAGUCACUAAUGUGGUGUAGAUGUGUUACAGUCACUAAUGCAGUGUAGAUGUGACAUGUUAGUCACUGAUGCAGUGUAGAUGUGAUGGAAAAUGUGGUUGUUUCAUUGGGUUACUACUGUGUGUCAGGGUGUGUUUGUGCAACUUGCUUGUAUACCCGUCCUAAAUGUGUGUUCCUCUAGGUUGCAAUGUGAGGUGAAGAUGCAGAGACAGCAGCUGUCAGACAGUCAACACCUCCUCCAGUCUCUACGCCUGGAGCUGCAGGUCUACGAAAAGAUCAACACUGGCACUGGGGCACACACACACACAGGUACUGUCCUACACACACACACAGGUACUGUCCUACACACACACACAGGUACUGUCCUACACACACACACAGGUACUGUCUUACACACACACAGGUACUGUCCUACACACACACACACACACACACACAGGUACUGUCCUACACACACACACAGGUACUGUCCUACACACAGGUACUGUCCUACACACACACGCAGGUACUGUCCUACACACACACGCAGGUACUGUCCUACACACACACGCAGGUACUGUCCUACACACACACACACAGGUACUGUCCUACACACACACACACAGGUACUGUCCUACACACACACAGGUACUGUCCUACACACACACACACACAGGUACUGUCCUACACACACACACAGGUACUGUCCUACACACAGGUACUGUCCUACACACACACACACAGGUACUGUCCUACACACACACACAGGUACUGUCCUACACACACACACACACACACACAGGUACUGUCCUACACACACACACACACAGGUACUGUCCUACACACACACACACACACACAGGUACUGUCCUACACACACACACACACACAGGUACUGUCCUACACACACACACACACACAGGUACUGUCCUACACACACACACACACACAGGUACUGUCCUACACACACACACACACAGGUACUGUCCUACACACACACAGGUCCUGUCCUACACACGCACACAGGUACUGUCCUACAAGCACACAGGUACUGUCCUAUAAACACACACACACACACACACACACACACACACACACACACACACUUGUCGCUUAGUUGUUUCUGACCAUUUCGCACCCCUCUCUAGAGUCCAGUGGUACAGCCCAACAGUCUGGUCCUGGUUCAGGGUCUGGGUCGAACCAAGUGGACCUGGGGGAGCUGCUGUCAGAGAUCCGCCACCUGAGGCUGCAGCUGGAGAGGAGCAUCCAGACCAACACGUCCUUGAGGCAGAGACUGGAGGAACAGCUGCUCAGAGGCCCCAACCGCCCAGAUACCAUCAAUAUCAACUAUCUACUGACUACUUCAGGUACAGAGAGCUCCAAAAACAUUGGGACAGUGACACCUUUGUUGUUGUUUUGGCUCUAUACUUCAACACUUUGGAUUUGAAAUGAUACAAUGACUAUGAGGUUAAAGUGCAGACUGUCAGCUUUAAUUUGAGGGUAUUUUCAUCCAUAUCGAGUGAACUGUUUAAGAAAUUACAGCACUUUUUGUACAUAGUCCCCUCCAUUUUAGGGGACCAAAAGUAUUGUCACAAAUUCACUUAUGUGUAUUAAAGUAGUCAAAAGUGUAGUAUUUGAUUCCAUAUUCCUAGCACGCAAUGAUUACAUCAAGCUUGUGACUCUACAAACUUGUUGGAUGCAUUUGCUGUUUGUUUUGGUUUUUUCAGAUAAUUUUGUCCCCGAUUAGAAAUGUUUUGUCACUUUUAUUGUAAAUAGUAAUAGAAUAUGUUUCUAAACAGUUCUAUAUUCAUGGGAAUGCUACCAUGACUAUGGAUAAUCCUGAAUGAAUUAUGAAUGAGAAAGUUAGAGGCAUAAAUAUCAUGCCCCCCCACCCAUGUUAUGGUAAUGUUGAGAGGUUAGCUUGUCUUGGGAAUAUUAUAUUUGUGCGUCUAACUUUCUCACUCAUCAUUAUUCAUAAUUCAUUCAGGAUUAUCCAUAGUCAUGGUAGCAUUCCCAUGAAUAUAGAACUGUUUAGAAACAUAUUCUAUUGUUAUUUACAAUAAAAGUGACAAAACAUUUCUAUCGGGCACAAAAUUAUCUGAAACAACCAAAACAAACAGCAAAUGCAUCCAACAAGUUUGUAGAGUCACAAGCUUGAUGUAAUCAUUGCGUGCUAGGAAUAGGACUCAUAGGACACAUAAGUGAAUUUGUCCCAAUACUUUUGGUCCCCUAAAAUGGAGGGGACUACACUGAGUGUACAAAACAUUAGGAACACUAUUGUGUUACACCCCCCUUUGCCCUCAGAACAGCCUCAAUUAGUUGGGGCAAGGUGUCAAGCGUUCCACAGGGAUGCUGGCCCAUGUUGACUCCAAUGCUUCCCACAGUUGUGUCAAGUUGGCUGGAUGUCGGACCAUUCUUGAUACACACAGGAAACUGUUGAUCAUGAAAAACCCAGCAGCUUUGCAGUUCUUGACACAAACUGGUGCGCCUGGCAGCUACUACUAUACCCCGUUCAAAGGCACUUCAAUCUUUUGUCUUGCCCAUUCACCCUCUGAUUGGCAGACAUACACAAUCCAUGUCUCAAAUGUCUCAAGGCUUAAAAACCUUCUUUGACAAGUGCCAUAAAUAAGGGAUCAUAGCAUUCACCUCGUCAGUCUGUCAUGGAAAGAGCAGAGUUCCUAAUGUUUUGUGCACUCAGUGUAUGUACAAAAAGUGCUGUCAUUUCUAAACGGUUCACCCGAUAUGGAUAAGAAAUACCCUCAAAUUAAAGCUGACAGUCUGCACUUUAACCUCAUAGUCAUUGUAUCAUUUCAAAUCUAAAGUGCUUGCGUACAGAGCCAAAACAAAAAAAAUGUGUCACUGUCUCAAUACUUUUGGAGCUCAUUGUAUAUACACUAUAUAUACAAAAGUAAGUGGACACACCUUCAAAUUAGUGAAUUCGGCUAUUUCAGCCACACUUGUUGCUGACAGGUGUAUAAAAUUGAGCACACCGCCAUGCAAUCUCCAUAGACAAACGUUGGAAGUAGUUUGGCCUUACUGAAGAGCUCAAUGACUUCCAACGUGGCAACGUCAUAGGAUGCCACCUUUCCAACAAGUCAGUUCGUGAAAUUCUGCCCUGCUAGAGCUGCCCCGGUCAACUGUAAGUGCUGUUAUUGUGAAGUGGAAACAUCUAGGAGCAACAACGGCUCAGCCGCGAAGUGGUAGGCCACACAAGCUCACAGAACAGAACCGCAGUGUGCUGAAGCGCGUAGUGCGUAAAAAUUGCCUGUCCUCGGUUGCAACACUCACUACCGAGUUCCAAACUGCCUCUGGAAGCAACGUCAGUACAAGAACUGUUCGUUGGGAGCUUCAUGAAAUGGGUUUCCAUGGCCGAGCAGCCGCACACAAGCCUAAGAUCACCAUGCGCAAUGCCAAGCGUCGGCUGGAGUGUUGUAAAGCUUGCCGCAGUUGGACUCUGGAGCAGUGGAAACGCAUUCUUUGGAGUGAUGGAUCACGCUUCACUAUCUGGAAGUCUGACAGAUGAAUCUGGGUUUGGCGUAUGCCAGGAGAACGCUACCUGCCCGAAUGCAUAGUGCCAACUGUAAAGUUUGGGGGAGGAGAAAUAAUGGUCUGGGGCUGUUUUUCAUGAUUAGGGCUAGGCCCCUUAGUUCUAGUGAAGGAAAUCUUAACGCUACAGCAUACAAUGACAUUCUAGACGAUUCUGUGCUUCCAACUUUGUGGCAACAGUUUGGGGAAGGCCCUUUCCUGUUUCAGCAUGACAAUGCCCCCGUGCACAAAGCGAGGUCCAUACAGAAAUGAUUUGUUGUGAUCGCUGUGGAAGAACUUGACUGGCCUGCACAGAGCCCUGACCUCAACUCCAUCGAACACCUUUGGGAUGAAUUGGAACGCUGACUGCGAGCCAGGCCUAAUCGCCCAACAUCCGUGCCCGACCUCACUUUGAUUUUUUUUUUGAUUUUUUUUAUCACCUUUAUUUAACCAGGUAAGCCAGUUGAGAACAAGUUCUCAUUUACAACUGCGACCUGGCCAAGAUAAAGCAAAAAAGUGCGAUUAAAAACAACAACACAGAGUUACAUAUGGGGUAAACAAAACAAAGUCAAAAAUACAACAGAAAAUAGAAAAUAUAUAUACACUGUGUGCAAAUGUAGCAAGGUAUGGAGGUAAGGCAAUAAAUAGGCUAUAGUGCAAAAUAAUUACAAUUAGUAUUAACACUGGAAUGAUAGAUGUGCAAGAGAUGAUGUGCAAAUAGAGAUACUGGGGUGCAAAUGAGCAAAAUAAAUAACAAUAUACUACGGGUGGGUGUUGCUAUGGUGACCAAUGAGCUAAGAUAAGGCGGGGAUUUACCUAGCAGUGAUUUAUAGAUGGCCUGGAGCCAGUGGGUUUGGCGACGAAUAUGUAGUGAGGACCAGCCAACAAGAGCGUACAGGUCACAGUGGUGGGUAGUAUAUGGGGCUUUGGUGACAAAACGGAUGGCACUGUGAUAGACUACAUCCAAUUUGCUGAGUAGAGUGUUGGGGGCUAUUUUGUAAAUGAUAUCGCCGAAGUCAAGGAUCGGUAGGAUAGUCAGUUUUACGAGGGCAUGUUUGGCAGCAUGAGUGAAGGAGGCUUUGUUUUGCGAAAUAGGAAGCCGAUUCUGGAUUUAACUUUGGAUUGGAGAUGCUUAAUGUGAGUCUGGAAGGAGAGUUUACAGUCUAACCAGACUGUAAACUAAUGCUAAUGCUAAUGGUCUUGUGGCUGAAUGGAAGCAAGUCCCCGCAGCAAUGUUCCAACAUCUAGUGGAAAGCCUUCCCAGAAGAGUGGAGGCUAUUAUAGCAGCAAAGGGUGGACCAACUUCAUAUUAAUGCCAAUUAAUUUUGGAAUGAGAUGUUCGACGAGCAGGUGUCCACAUACUUUUGGUCAUGUAGUGUACAUAGUAUAGAGGUAGAAAUCCAUACACACUAUCAUUAUCUACUAUCCACGUCAGGUAGAAUAUAUAUGUACUCACUCUCUCACUGAACGCACGCAUACCCAUAUUCACACACAAAGUCUCGUGGUUUAAACAUUUGUCCUAUGUUGUGUGUUCCAGAGGAUACAGGCAGGUCUCCUGGCCGUGAAGGCUGUGAUCCUCCCCGCCACUCCUCUCACGGUGAGAACCCACAGCCCACCCAAUCCACAAUGUACAGUGCCUUCUGAAAGUAUUCAGACCCCUUGACUUUUUCCACAUUUAGUUACGUUACGGCCUUAUUCUAAAAUGGAUUAAAUAAAUACAAAUCCUCAGCAAUCUACACACAAUGCCCCAUAAUGACAAAGCUAAAACAGGUUUUUAUAAAUUUUUGCAAAUUUAAAUUUAAAAACAGAAACCUUAAUCACAUAAGUAUUCAGACCCUUUGCUAUGAGACUCGAAAUUGAGCUCAGGUGCAUCCUGUUUCCAUUGAUCAUCCUUGAGAUGUUUCUACAACUUGAUUGAGGUACACCUGUGGUAAAUUCAAUAGAUUGGACAUGAUUUGGAAAGGCACACACCUGUCUAUAUAAGGUCCCAUAGUUGACAGUUCAUGUCAGAGCAAAAACCAAGCCAUGAGGUUGAAGAAUUGUCUGUAGAGCUCCGAGACAGGAUUGUGUUGAGGCACAGAUCUGAGAAAGGGUACCUAAAAAUGUAUGCAGCGUUGAAGGUCCCCAAGAACACAGUGGCCUCCAAUCAUUCUUAAAUGGAAGAAGUUUGUAACAACCAAGUCUAUUCCUAGAGCUGGCCGCCCGGCCAAACUGAGCAAUCGGGGGAGAAGGGCCUUGGUCAGGGAGGUGACCAAGAACCUGAUGGUCACUCUGACAGAGCUCCAGAGUUCCUCUGUGGAGAUGGGAGAACCUUCCAGAAGGACAACCAUCUCUGCAGCACUCCACCAAGCAGACCUUUAUGGUAGAGUGGCCAGACGGAAGCCAUUCCUCAGUAAAAGGCACAUGACAGCCCGCUUGGAGUUUGCCAAAAGGCACCUAAAGGACUCUCAGACCAUGAGAAACAAGAUUCUCUGGUCUGAUGAAACCAAAAUUGAGCUCUUUGACCUGAAUGCCAAGCGUCACGUCUGGAGGAAACCUGGCACCAUCCCUACGGUGAAGCAUGGUGGUGGCAGCAUCAUGCUGUGGGGAUGUUUUUCAGCGGCAGGGACUGGGAGACUAGUCAGGAUCGAGGGAAAGAAAGUACAGAGAGAUCCUUGAUGAAAACCUGCUCCAGAGCACUCAGGACCUCAGACUUGGGCAAAGGUUCACCUUCCAACAGGACAACGACCCUAAGCACACAGCCAAGACAACGCAGGAGUGGCUUCGGGACAAGUCUCUGAAUGUCCUUGAGUGGCCCAGCCAGAGCCCGGACUUGAACCCAAUGGAACAUCUCUGGAAAGACUUGUCCCCAUCCAACCUGACAGAGCUUGAGAGGAUCUGCACAGAAGAAUGGGAGAAACUCCCCAAGUACAGGUGUGCCAAGCUUGUAGCGUCAUACCCAAGAAGACUCGAGUCUGUAAUCACUGCCAAAGGUGCUUCAACAAAAUACUAAGUAAAGGGUCUGAAUGCUUAUGGAAAUUUGAUAUUUCCGUUUUUUAUUAAAAAAUCUACAGACCUGUUUUUUGCAUUGUCAUUAUGACGUAUUGUGUGUAGAUUGAUGAGGGGGGAAAACUAUUUAAUCCAUUUUAGAAUAAGGCUGUAACGUAACAAAAUGUGGAAAAGGGGAAGGGGUCUGAAUACUUUGAGAAUGCACUGUUACUGGCCUGUAGGUACACCACAGCUAAUGUCACAUUUAUACAUGUUUUUCUCUCUUAGGAGGUAGUUGUUUUGUGUUUUAGGGUGUGUUGUGUAUAAUGUCAAUGAGUUAGAGGUGAGUAACUGUGUAUAACAUCAAUGUAUGUCUCUGUCAAAUCUGCUUGUGUAAAUAAAAUGUGUUUUUGUGUUCUCUCUGCCAGAUCUGAAGCGCCAAGCCCAGUCAGAGAUGGACGCCUUGUCCCAGUGUAGUAACAGUUCUGGGGACAGUGUCUCUGGCUCGGCUCCCCCUCUGUCCCGCCUGGUGCCCGGCCACCGCCUGUGGGCCAACCGCCAAGGGCGCCACAUCCUGGGCCUUAUCGAGGACCACAAUGCCCUGCGGAAGCAGAUCUCCGAGGGCAGGAGGCUCACCCGCACCAUGGACACACACCUGCAGGAGUGUGUACGCACACUCAGCCAGCAGGGGACUGACAACAGGGUAAAUGCAACACAGUCUCUGAUGAGCACAUUCCCUUGUUUAAUACAUGUCAGACCUUCCUGUUCCUUGCUCAGGUGAAGUCCAGCCAACUAUCUUUAGCAUUUCUAAUGUGCAUGUAGUAUUUGAUAGUCAUUCAUGCAGUAAAUUGCUAUAAUAGUUCAUUACUUUUGAUGAAGAAUCUGAUGAACACAUUUCCCAUGUGUUCAUUAUGCGAGUGUUCUCAUUUACAGUUUUUUCACAAAUCUCUUAUGAGAUGCGUUACAGUGAUCGACUUGGUAACAGUAUCUCCGACUGUGUAUGUUGACUAUUGAGACAGUGUUCUGCGUGUGUUAUUGUCCAGGUGGUGGAGCAGGGUCAGCUGAAGGCUCUGUCCAGCAGUGUGAACACCAUGCAGCAGGUCCUGGAGGAGGCUGGCCAGCUGCUCAAACUGGUCUGGAGGGUGUCCCUGCCCUCUGGCACCGCGACCGCAGGAGGAGACGUCAACAGCAACCAGCAGGUACACACUCUCGCUCAUGCGCGCACGUUUCUCACACACACACACAAUCGCUCACUCUCUCUCACACACACACCAGUUAUACACACACCCUCUCUACGCAGUCUUCAACUCCGUCUUCAGUUCACACACAAACAAGACUCUCUACAUAGUACGUACACACAUUUGUUCCACAAAUUAUAAAUAGAUAUAUUAAUUCUGUCCACACAGUCUAUACACACACAAAUGUAAUUAGAAUGACGCAAAUGGAAUAAAUUGGUCAAUAUGUGUGGAAAGUGGAGACAUCACAAAGGUUAAAAAGUAAACAUUAGUGGAGACACGUUAUCAGUUCUGGAGACUGCAUGCAUCAUGUUUGCUAGCUAUAUGUCUCCAGGGUGUCUAGUUGUGUUUACAUUGUGACGUAAUCCACGUUCCAUGUGUAUUGGGGGUACUGAUAAGACCAGUGUAAAUGUUGUGGGUGACUCAGUCAUGAGUGGCGCAGUGGUCUAAGGCACUGCAUCGCAGUGCUAACUGUGCCACUAGAUCCUGGUUCGAAUCCAGGCUCUGUCGCAGCCGGCCGCGACCGGGAGACUCAUGGGCGGCGCACAAUUGGCCCAGCGUCGUCCAGGGUAGGGGAGGGAAUGGCCGGCAGGGAUGUAGCUCAGUUGAUAGAGCAUGGCGUUUGCAACGCCAGGGUUGUGGGUUCGAUUCCCACGGGGGGCCAGUAUAAAAAAAAUAUGUAUUCACUAACUGUAAGUCGCUCUGGAUAAGAGCGUCUGCUAAAUGACUAAAAUGUAAAAUGUAAAUGUAACAAUUCCUUCCUCCCUCCCUCUCGCCCGCCCUCCACCCAUCCCUCCCUCCCUCUACCCAUCCCUCCCUCCCUCCACCCAUCCCUCCCUCCCUCCACCCAAUCCCUCCCGCCCUCCCCCAGCCCUCCUCUCCCUCCCCCCUCCCUCCCUCCCUCUACCAUCCCUCCCUCCCGCUAACCUCCCUCCCUCCUCCACCCAUCCCUCCCCUCCCUCCACCCCCAUCCCUCCCUCCCUCUCCCAUCCCUCCCUCCCUCUACCCUCCUCCCUCCCUCUACCCUCCCUCCCUCCCCUCUACCCAUACCCUCCCUCCCCUCUAAACCCAUCCCUCUACCCAUCCCUCCAUCCCUCUCUCCCAUCCUCUCUCCCAUCCUCCCUCCCUCUCUCCCAUCCCUCCCUCUCUCCCAUCCCUCCCUCUCGCCCUCCAUCCACCCAUCCCUCCCUGUCUCCCUCCAUCCCUCUCCCAGGAUGAGCUGUUGAAGAAUGAGAUAGCGAGUCUGAAGAGCCGUCUGUCCCAGCAGGAGCGGAUGCUGAGCGGUGCGGUCAAACGGCUGCGCACCACCAACCAGCUCAAAGAGGGCAUGGAGAGGGUCAUUAUUGACCAGCGUAAGAACUCACUUCACCUCCCAUGCUUGACAGAAUAAUGAGAAUGCAUUUGAUUGAGGAUCAACACAAUGCUUUCAUAUUAUACUGAAGAAAAUAUAAACGCAACAAUUUCAACGUUUUUACUGAGUUACAGUUCAUAUAAGGAAAUCAGUCAAUUGAAAUAAAUUCAUUCGGCCCUAAUCUAUAGAUUUCACGACUGGGAAUACAGAUAUGCAUCUGUUGGUCAGACAUACCUUUUUUUUUUUUUUAAAGGUAGGGGCGUGGAUCAGAAAACCAGUCAGUAUCUGGUGUGACCACCAUUUGCCUCAUGCAGCGCGACACAUCUCCUUCGCAUAAAGUUGAUCAGGCUGUUGAUUGUGGCCUGUGGAAUGUUGUGGAUGGCUGUGCAAAUUUGCUGGAUAUUGGCAGGUACUGGAACACGGUGUCGUACACGUCGAUCCAGAGCAUCCCGAACAUGCUUAAUGGGUGAUGUCUGGUGAGUAUGCAGGCCAUGGAAGAACUGAGACAUUUUCAGCUUCCAGGAAUUGUGUAAAGAUCCUUGCGACAUUGGGCCGUGCAUUAUCAUACUGAAACAUGAGGUGAUGGCGGCGGCAGAUGAAUGGCACGACAAUGGGCCUCAGGAUCUCGUCACAGUAUCUCCAUGUAUUCAAAUGCAAUUGUGUUCGUUGUCUGUAGCUUAUGUCUGCCCUUACCAUAACCCCACUGCCACCAUGGGGCACUCUGUUCACAACGUUGACAUCAGCAAACCGCUUGCCCACGCAACGCCAUACACGCUGUCUGCCAUCUGACCGGUACAGGUGAAACCGGGAUUCAUCCCUGAAGAGCACACUUCUCCAGCAUGCCAGUGGCCAUCAAAGGUGAGCUUUUGCCCACUGAAGUCGGUUAAGACGCCGAACUGCAGUCUGGUCAAGAAUCUGGUGAGGACGACGAGCACGCAGAUGAGCUUCCCUGAGAUGGUUUCUGACAGUUUUUACUGAAAUUCUUCGGUUGUGCAAACCCACAGUUUCAUCAGCUGUCCGGGUGGCUGGUCUCAGACGAUCCCACAGGUGAAGAAACCGGAUGUGGAGGUCCUGGGCUGGCGUGGUUACACGUGGUCUGCAGUAGUGAGGCCGGUUGGCCGUACUGCAAAAUUCUUUAAAAUUACAUUUGAGGUGGCUUAUGUUAGAGAAAUAAACAUUCAGUUCUCUGGCAACAGCUCUGGUGGACAUUCCUGCAGUCAGCAUGCCAAUUGCACGCUCCCUAAAAACUUGAGACAUCUGUGGCAUUGUGUUGUGUGACAAAACUGCACAUUUUAGUGGCCUUUUAUUGUCCUCAGCACAAGGUGCACCUGUGUAAUGAUCAUGCUGUUUAAUCAGCUUCUUGAUCUGCCACACCUGUCAGGUGGAUGGAUUAUCUUGGCAAAGGAAAAAUGCUCACUAACAGGGAUGUAAACAAAUUUGUGCACAACAUUUUAGAGAAAUAAGCUUUUUGUCCGUAUGGAAAAUGUCUAGGAUCUUUAUUUCAGCUCAUGAAACAUGGGACCAACACUUUACAUGUUGCGUUUAUAUUUUAGUUCAGUGUAAUUUAUUCAGAUCCUAUUCUGAGAGCAUAAUUAUAAUGCAUUUGAGAAUCAACCCAAUGCUUUCAUAUUAACUUAUUCAGAUCCUAUUCUGAGAGAAUAAUUAUAAUGCAUUUGAUUGAGAAUUAACUGUUAACUGAUUCAGAUCCAAACAUUUAAUUGACAUGAUUUGUUAUUCUUUCCCAACCAGUGUCGUUAACCCACGGAGUGCUGAAGAAGGCCAGAGGGAAUCUAGAGGUGAGUCAAAGAAUCAGUAACCAGUUUAGACAGACACCAACAAGUAUUGUCAGUCAGACCAAUCAAAGAAUAGACUAAUUCCGUAGCCUUUUCUCUCGAAUGUGCCGUCUCUUAUCUGUCUUUCUUCUCUCACUCUUUGUCUAUAAAUGUGGGCAAAUCUCAGACAAAUUAUUACACCGUCUUUGGGCUGAAAGGCCUGUCUGGAGGACCAGAGGAAGGUAAUAGUGUGUAAGGGGACAGGGUUUGAGUGUUCUAAUGCAUGACUUGGUUUGUUCCGUGACCUCUGUUUGUUCCAUGACUUGAUUUGUUCCAUAGCUUUUAUGACUUGGUUUGCUUGCACUGUACUUCACUAUUAAAAGUAAUAAUGAUGCUUGAGCCGACAUCCGCUGCGUUUACUGCGAACGCAAUCUCCGCAAACUUCAAGGAAAUUGCCUUUUAAAAGUCAAGUGCAGUUUGAAUCCCAGCGUUGGUUUGUUCCAUGGCUUGGUUUGUUCCAUGACUUGGUUUGUUCCACAGACUUUUGUGUUGCAUGAAAAGAAGGACCGGACCUGGCCAAAUACAAAUGCAUGCUGGUCAUUCUCUCAGCUCACAGGCCCAUUGUAGCUCAGCCAUCAAGGCUCUGUUGUUUUGAGUGAUAUUUCUCUGGUUGAUAGAUCAGUUGGAAUUAUAGGGGCAUUCCACUGGCUUUUCAUACCUCAUCUUGAAGAGACACAUUGGCAAAUGCAACAUCCUAGCUGAUCAAUGUGUGUAUGGUUGGUUAACUGACGUGUCCUUGCCUCUACAGGAGGUCCCGGUCAAUGGUCAGUGACCAUUGGUCCUUCAGGAUCCCCCGAUGAGGGAGUGAGCGUCCCCGUCCCCAGCCCUGCCAGACACGCUGAAUCCCCUGAGGAGAGGAACAGUGACACCUCAUCCCACUGCAGCUACUAGAUCUGCCAGUCCAAUGGAUGGAGUUCAAUAAUAGUCUAUGGUGCCUUCCUCUCCUCACCUUUGUCUGCACUGAUGUGAAAUACUUGAAGUGUUAUACAGCAAAAGCAUUACUCUGGUUUUCCCCUGAUCUGUUCAAAUUAAGGAAAAGGGACAAGGAGAGGAAGCCACUUUACACUAUUGAGAUGCACCCCAACUGUCAGGGACACAGCCUUUUAUAGCUACCUAAUUGACCUGUCAUUCUCUCAGGCCCUUCCCCUUUAUCCCUGCUCUAAUACUAUAUCUGCUUUUUGACAAACCUUACCUUGAGAUAUGCAAGUCAUAUUAUGGAAAUUGUACUGUACUUGCACACCUGCCUAUCUUGAGACAUAUUUUCGGUACAAAGGUUCCUUUAAAGGAAAUGUAACUUUCUUUCCCUCUUGUAAAUGUCUCCUCCCCCUUAAAUUUCUUUUAAGAUUUUAAUUUCCAUUUUAUACAAUAGAGACCUAUUUUACAAAAAGUAUUUCCCUCGACAUUUGACCUGUCAAUUGUGGGUUCUCGUUUGUAAUAAUGUGCAAAUGCAUUAAAUCAGCUUUGCUUUAAAAAA